UUCUAUUUGGAGCUACAGAUUUGCCUUCAACCACCAGGUGGAGCUCAAGUCCCACUGAGGCCAUCUUUUUACAUGUAGGGGUAUCCCCUUUACAGGUAAGAACCCAGAUGGUCUUAUUUAAGAUGAGCUUAAAUCCGUGUCAAAUGAUAUAGGUUGCCCUGCAUAUUAGUAGACACCUCUUGCUUCAUGCCUAGAGUAAUGUAAUCAUAGAAUUGUAGCAUUGGAAGGGACCCUGAGGGUCAUCUAGUCCAACCCCCUGUAAUGCAGGAAUAUGCAUCUGUGUCAGCCUGGAGCAUUAAAGUGAUUCACUUCAUUAGGUGCAAACUACAUGAUAUCCUAAAAAGGAUGCGGGUGCGCUGUGGGUUAAACCACAGAGCCUAGGACUUGCCGAUCAGAAGGUCGGUGGUUCGAAUCCCUGUGACGGGGUGAGCUCCCGUUGCUCGGUCCCUGCUCCUGCCCACCUAGCAGUUCGAAAGCACGCCAAAGUGCAAGUAGAUAAAUAGGUACCGCUCUGGCGGGAAGGUAAACGGCAUUUCCGUGCGCUGCUCUGGUUCGCCAGAAGCGGCUUAGUCAUGCUGGCCACAUGACCUGGAAGUUGUACGCCGGCUCCCUCGGCCAAUAAAGCGAGAUGAGCGCCACAACCCCAGAGUCGGCCACGACUGGACCUAAUGGUCAGGGGUCCCUUUACCUUUACCUUUACUGUUAUCCUGCAAUUGCAUGCAGUGAAACUCUGUAUUUCUCUCUCUCUUUUUUAAAAAAAAUAAUAUUUAUUACUUUUCCAACAAUUUAAACACUACAAAAACAAUACAAUACAAUACAAAAACACUACAUAACAUUGACACAUUAAACACAUUGAACUAACAAAACAAAACAAAAACAAUAAAAUAAAUCAAACAAUUUCAUUAUCCCAUCUUUCAUUCACUUAUUUCCAUGACCUCCUCACACCUCCCUUUUUGUAUUCCACUUCUGUUAAUUGUUUCAGCAAUUCCUUUCCAUCUUCCUCUGUUUUCUAUCCUAUAAUUAUCUUAACACAUUCUAACCUUAUUUUUCCUUUAAUACUCUAUUAAUCUAUUUAUACCUAAUUCCUUAUAACAUUUCUACUAAAGCCAUAUAACUUCAUUCCAACAUUUUUCUAACAUUCAUUAAUUUUACAGUAUUUCUGUAAAUAGUCUUUAAACUUUUUCCAGUCUUCUUCCACCGACUCUUCUCCCUGGUCUCGGAUUCUGCCAGUCAUUUCCGCCCGUUCCAUAUAGUCCAUCAACUUCAUCUGCCAGAAACUCUGUAUUUCUCAGCUGUGUAUUCCCACCAGUAUUCUAGAUCUAGACCCAUUUUAUCUCACUAGAUCUAGAACCUUGCAGAGAUAAAAGCUGCUUGGUGGUAUGGUGGAGUUUCGGGGGGGGGAUAGACUAAAGGGCAAAAGCUAAGCAGUCUUUUUCUCUCCAUUUGCUUUUCACUUCACGGUGUACUAGGUACAUGCAACAGCAUGGUAUUCUGCCCCCCAGACUCCUUCGAAGUAAGCUGGAUGUCUCUAUUUGUUCCCAAUCUAACCUUACUUUCAAUCACUGCUUUACAAGUUUAGGCUCAGUGCAUUAGUAACAAUGCUUUGAGUGAAGGAUGCAGAGAUGAUUUUCGGCUUUAUUAUGUAGAAUAAUAGAGACCAUCAAAAGGAAGGCAAAGUGCAAGGAUAAAGCAGAUUGCACCUUUGGAGAUUCAGCUGUCUUGUAGCUGUUUUUAUGAAAUGUGUAAGCUUAGUGUUGUGAUGAAAAAGCCCUAAAGAAUUGCAAAGAAGCCAGUGAUGUAAAUUUAUUCUGACAUUAGCCUGAGAGGAAAAGCUGUGUUCACUUUAAAAAAUUAAAAAGAAAGUUACUCCCCUAAAACACAAAACAGAAAAACAAAUCAGUAACUCUGAACAGUUAAUCACCAUAAUUGACAAAGGAAACCUAUAACGUUAAGUCUUGAUUUAAAUAGCUAAUUGCAUAUUCACUUCAUUUAGAAAAACGUAAAGCACAUUUCCUUACAAUCAGGAAAAAGAAGGAUAGAUUUAGAAAAUGUGUUGGUGUCCCCAUUGUCUUCAUUGCCAUGUUGUAGGAAUUCAGUGCUGCCCAAAGUAUUUUAACUGUUAAAUCCAUCAUGCAUUGGACUCUUUCUGAAGCCCCAGUUUCACUGCAACAAGAAGGGAGGGUUUUUACUGACCCCUCGGUGUAUUAGAGGAGUCUUGGCCAUGCAAGGCAUAUUCACAGUUGCCCAGACUGAAGUUUAGACCCACUCUGGCAAUUCACCAGAGAGUUUUGGCAAUGCAGAUGGUGUUAGAGUGAGGCAUAUUACAGAUUCUUCCCACAUAAACUUCUUGUUCUACCCUUACUGUAUUUUUUUUGGGGGGGGGGGACUGUGCCUCAGUGGUUCCCAGGCUGCUCAUGUAAUACAGUGAACGCUCGGGUUGCGAAUGUGAUCCAUGCAGGAAGCAUGUUCGCAACCCGCAGCGCCGCGUCUGCGCAUGCGCAGGUCACGAUUCAGCACUUCUGUGCAUGCGCAAAGCACAAUUUAGUGCUUCUGUGCAUGUGCAAGUGCCGAAACCAGGAAGUAACCCGUUCUGGUACUUCUGGGUUCGGCGCGGUGCGCAACCCGAAAUCGUGCAACCCAAAGCGUCUGUAACCCAAGGUAUGACUGUACUAGAAUAGGCUUUUAGAACUUCUAUUCUGGUGAAAACCCAGUCAUACUUUUGCUACUUGGCACUUAUGAGGUCCUGAUGACAAUUCUGAAGAGUGCACUGGGACAUUGGAAAGACCCCUGUGCUGAAUAUAUGAGAGAGAUGUAUGGAAUUUUCAAUAGUUCAGCAUGUGUUGCACCCCUGAAACUUCUCACCAUUUGGGAAUUGGUUGAGGAAUACACAGUUACUAUUAAGGAUGGGAAAAGGGACGUGGGUGGCGCUGUGAGUAAAACCUCAGUGCCUAGGACUUGCUGAUCGUAUGGUCGGCGGUUCAAAUCCCCGCGGCGGGGUGAGCUCCCGUCGUUCGGUCCCAGCUCCUGCCCACCUAGCAGUUCGAAAGCACUCUUAAGUGCAAGUAGAUAAAUAGGGACCGCUUUAUAGCGGGAAGGUAAAUGGCGUUUCCGUGUGCCAUGCUGGUGCUGGCUCGCCAGCUGCAGCUUCGUCACGCUGGCCACGUGACCCGGAAGUGUCUUCAGACGGCGCCGGCUCACGGCCUCUAGAGCAAGAUGAGCAUGCAACCCUAGAGUCGGACACGACUGGCCCGUAUGUGCAGGGGUACCUUUACCUUUACCUUUUUAUUAAGGAUGGGAGAGAAAUUCAGUUUGGGUGACUUUUCAACACGGACCUACCUAAUCCAUGCUUCUCGAAGCAAUGCGUCAACCGAAAUGCAAGUAGCCUUCAAAAUUUGCACUUCUUUUAAUUUUGCGAUUUUGGUUCUGCAAACCCGCCCCCCCAAUGUUAAAUUAGGGUCAAGCGUAUCAAAGAAAAGUGCACAUAUUAGUGCGGAUAACAGAAAUGCUCAUAAUAUGGAAAAUUGCUUGCAAAAUGUGUGUAUUAGAAGAAAUAUGCAUCAGAAUGCUGAUGGAUUUUUGUGAGAACUUUUCUUUUUUUAAUCAAACUGAUGCAGAAACUGUUGAUUUAAAGCAGAGUCUCUGGUGCCCAGCGGAAGGAUGAGCAAUACGUGCUACAUACUCUAUAUUGCUUUAUUUACAGUUCAAAGCUGGUAUAUUACAGAAAGGCAUCUUGCCUCUGCAGGAGCAGAAAAUGCAUCCUCUCUCCUCGACAGCUCGGAGAGAAUCACACAGUGAAAAACAGGAAACCAGUGUACGUCACAUCCAGUCUCCCUUUCCCGUGAGAAACUCCAACAGUACAGACUGUGGAAUGUAAACACCUGUCUCAUGACAAGCAAAGCUGCACAGUGAAGGAAAGCAGAAACCAACAUCCUCCCCCCUUUCUGUGAACAUCACUGGGCAGCGUGUUCGUACAGUAUCAGUACAAACCCAACUUCUGCACAUAGGUACAGUGUUGAUCCCUUGAUACAAUCUUGGACAAUACAUCAGCAGGAAUUUCAUUACCUGGCAUAUAGGACACCGUUACGAGUCCCUUCUGAAUACAUUCCCUAGCAUGCUGCAACUUUAAUUGCAAGUGCUUUGUGCUUUGCUUACAACCUUCAGACUUCAGCAAAGCCAAACAUGCUUUGUUGUCCUGGUAAACCUGGAUUGGACAUUUGACAGGAAUUUUCAUAUCUUUGCACAAUUGUACUAACCAUUCACAAUCCUUAAGUGAAUAAGACAGUGCAUUCAGUUCAGCUUCACAAGUACUUAAGCUAACUGUUGUUUGCUUCUUGCAUGACCAAUCAAACAGACUCUGAUUGUACAUAUAGCAAACUCCAGACGUACUUUUCCUGUCUGUAGCGUCACUUCCAAAACUUGCAUCUGCAAAUAUCUCAAGACCACCAGACUUCUGAUUGUUAAAUCUCAGUCUGUAAUGCAUAGUGCCUUUCAAAUACCGCGCUAUGCGUUUCAGAGCUUUCCAAUCCUUGACACUAGGAUUGUUGACUUGUCUGCUUAGCAAAUUACAGCUAACAGCAAUGUCUGGUCUUGAACAUCUGGCAAUGAAGUUUAGCUUGCCUAGCACACUCCUGUACAGUGUAGUGUCAGAAAAUGCUUCUUCAGUGUCAUCUACCUGAUAACCUGUUGUCAUCGGUGUGUCUACAGGGUUAGCAUCCAUCAGAUUUAGUUUGCUUAACACAUCAGCAAUUUUCCGUGACUGGUGUACUAGAAUGUUACCAUCUUGAUCUCUCUCUAUUUCCAGAGAUAGGUAGUUGUUUACCUCACCAAGAUCUUUCAUGUCAAAGUGCUCUUUCAGUUGAGCUAGGGCGCUAUUGUACAUUGCAACAUCUUUCCAAAAGAAUAAUAAAUCAUCAACAUAAAACAAACAGUACAGUUUCUUUUGCCCCUCCUCUUUGACAAAUACACAUGGAUCAGCUUUCCCUUGCUGAAAACCUAGAGAAAACAAUACUUCAGUGAGUUUUGUGUGCCAACACCGUGCACUUUGUUUGAGACCAUAAAGGGAUUUCUUCAGAGCACAAACAAAUCCCUGUUUUACCUGUACGCCAUCAGGUGGAAGCAUAUAAAGUGAUUCAUCUAGAGAUCCGUACAGAAAAGCUGUAUUAAUAUCAUGGUGACUAAUGUGUAGAUUUUCCUCUGCAGCUAGCUUGAGCAUAAGCCUAAUGCUUUCAUAUCUCACUGUGGGUGAAUAGGUCUCGUGAUAGUCUUCACCUGGUACCUGUGCAAAACCUCUGGCUACCAAUCUGGCUUUGUGUCUGACUAUCUUGCCAUUUUGAUCUGUCUUCGCUUUGAAGACCCAUUUGCUUCCAAGCAGUUUCAUUCCUGGAACUACUGGAACUAGCUCCCAUGUUUUGUUCCUUUCUAAGGAAUCAAGCUCAGCCUUCAUGGCAUUUAACCAUGGCUCAGCUUCCUUUGAAUCCAAACCCUGGAUUUCUUGGAAACUUGAAGGUUCAAAUACCUUCUUGGAGCUUUUAACAGCUGUUACUGCUAUCGUGGCAAACUCAUCAGCAAAUCUCUUUGGAGGUUCGCCUUUUGUGGCUCUCUGUGACCUACGAAUUAGCCUUAAGUCUUCAACACUCUCCUCUUCCUUCUUAGGAGAAAAACGACCUAUUGUGAACAAUGGUUCCUCCAAUUCUUGAUCUGAGCUUUCAGAGGGUCGCAUAGAUGCUUUCGCACUCUCGAAAUCCUCUGAAUCACCCGAUUCAGUUUCAGAAUCAGACUCAGAACCUUCAUCAGUGGGUGUGGGUUGUUGUGGUUGCUUUUGACUAUCCUCAGUCUCAUCACCGUCAUCAGGAUAACAUUGGAAAAUUCCCACAUUCUCCCCCCCACUUUGCAUUGUACUCAACACUUCUCGUGAGCUUAAUUGUCUUAGAGUCAGUCAUCAUUAUUCUGUAAGACCCUUUCUGAUAACCUAGAAAGAUACCAUGCAAUCCACGCUUGUCUAACUUGGAGUUUUGUGGUGAGCGAACCCACAUGUCAGAACCAAAAUCUUCAUGUGUUUGAUGUAUGGCUUCUUGCCAAACAUCUUCUCAUAGAGGUACAUCCAAUCGCUGAAGAUAACCUGCGAUUGUAACUGUAAACAAAACACGAGAGAGAUUCGGCCCAAUAACUCUCUGGAAGAUUGGCAUCAUGCAGCAAGGUCUUUAACCCUUGAAGCAAGGUUUGAUUUGCCCGUUCCGCAAGUCCAUUCUGCCAUGGCGAGCGAGGACUAGACAAAUCGUGUUGAAUUCCUUUCUCAGUCAGAAAAGCUUCAAACUGCUGAGAAGUGAAUUCCCCCCCGCGAUCACUGAAAAGAGUCUUUAUCUUCUUACCAUGCACAUUUUCCAACCAAGCACAGAAUUCCUUGAACCUAGGAAAAGCCUCCGAUUUCUGCUUGAGAUUGUACACAAAAAUAUAUCUAGAAAAUGCAUCAAUGAGAACCAUGAAGUAUCUAUUUCCACCCAAAGAGGGCGCUAGUGGUCCAACCAAAUCAGCAUGAACAACCUGGUAUGGUUCUGUAGCUUUCCUACUAGACACCUUACCUUUCGCAGCCAUUUUCACCUUGUUUGCUGCGCAUGCUUUGCACUUCAUGUGGUACCUGCAGGGUUUAAUAGUCAUACCUUCAACCAAGGCAGGCAUUUUAGAUACUGCCUCAAAAUGCAAAUGACCAAAUUUUCGAUGAAAAUCGUGAAUACAUUCUGCAUGCAAACUUUUGUUAGAACCUGCAAUGCAACAAGUGUCAUCCUGCACCACAUCAUCAUAAUACAAAACAAACAAAUGAUCAACAUAUUCUGCAUGCAAUACAUAAUCAUUUUUCUUUGUGAUGAUGCACUUCUUGUUCUUGAAGGAAACGUCAAUGUUCCGCUCAUUCAGCUGUCCAACGCUGAGCAGAUUAUGUUUGGCGUCUGGCACGUAAAGCACAUUCUGUAUCGAUAAGUCCAAACUGUGAAGAACAACAGUUCCGUAGCCUUUACUGGGAAUAGUGUGGUCAUCCGCCUGGUGAAUCGCACCUUCCUGCGGUGUAAAAGACACAAACAGUUUCUUAUCGUUGCACAUGUGGUGGGUGGCCGCUGAAUCAACAACGAAGAAAGAUCUAGACGUCUUCUGGACCUCUGCAACCUUUGGAGUGAAGCGUGAAACCAUAGCCUUGUGCUGCGUUGUCCUAGACACCGGACCUUUGCCUUUGCCUCGGCCUUUUCCGCGCGAUGAGCUUUCGCUGCGCUGCUCUGUCUUGGCCCUGGGAUGUCUGCAUUCCCUCUUCAUAUGGCCUAGACGUCCACACGAGUAGCAUUUGACUGCCUUCAAAGCUUUGGCGCCAUCUGGUGGUUCCACUGCACUAUGGGAUGACGUCUGUGAAGACUCCCCUUGCCCAUGCAGCUAGCACCCCGGCGAUCUGCUUCAUUUAAAAUCACGGCAGUAACAAAGUCCACUGUCAGCUGAGCAGUUGGUUGCACAGCAAUCUGGGUUGCAACAGACUCCCAACCUGGACCCAAAGAUUGUAGUAUCAUGAAAGAAUACACAGCCUCUGGAAAGUUGAGUCCUCUCUGUUGCAGCUCAUGUCUCAGAUUUUGCAUCUCCAUUAGAUGUAAACGUACAUCUCCACCUUCAGCAAGAGCCAUAUUAUGCAGCUUGUUAAAAUAAAACAUAGUGGAUCCAGCUUCUGUCCUUAAGUGAGCCUCUCUCAGAGCGUCCCAAAUUUCUCUGGCUGAGGUCUUAUCACGCAAUAGACAGAGCUCUUCUGGGGAUACUAUCAAUGUAAGAGUUCCCCUUGCUUUGGAAUCCUUAGCUUUCCAUGCAUCUGUAACUGGAACUGGGGGGGUUUCUGUAAUCACCUCAAACAAACCCUCUUUCCGCAGAAUUGCCUCUGCAUACUGAACCCAGUCGCUGUAAUUUUUCUUGUUGAGCUUAGGAAUCCUACAAGCAUCCUGAAGGGCCAUCAUGACUCUGGCAUUAGCCUUCAGCGUCAUAUGUAUGCUGCUUUAAUUCUUGCUGCGUCACUGCUGCAGCUGCUUUAUUACAAAAGCACACUUAAAAGUUACUUUCGAUUUCCCAGCAUAGUGACUUGUGCCUGGGAGCCUUUUGCCUAUUCCCGGCAAAACCGGCUUUAAAAGUUCAAAGUCCAGCCAUAAAGCCAUUAUCUUGAAGCUGGCAGGCUGCCCGGAGCAGUAGCACAUACCUCAUCAAUCACUUCUACGCGCAGAGCAGAUUCCUUUCCGAUCCGUCCCUCUGCAUUCCGAUCCUUUGCCGGCACUCCGAUUCGACCUCUGGAGCCCAUAACCACGUGUUGAUUUAAAGCAGAGUCUCUGGUGCCCAGCGGAAGGAUGAGCAAUACGUGCUACAUACUCUAUAUUGCUUUAUUUACAGUUCAAAGCUGGUAUAUUACAGAAAGGCAUCUUGCCUCUGCAGGAGCAGAAAAUGCAUCCUCUCUCCUCGACAGCUCGGAGAGAAUCACACAGUGAAAAACAGGAAACCAGUGUACGUCACAUCCAGUCUCCCUUUCCCGUGAGAAACUCCAACAGUACAGACUGUGGAAUGUAAACACCUGUCUCAUGACAAGCAAAGCUGCACAGUGAAGGAAAGCAGAAACCAACAGAAACAUGGCAAACUGCAUUUAAGGGGGGGUGCGAAACUGAAAUUGACAGAUUUGUCUAUCUCUAAUUACUGUUGUUCAAGUUUAUAAGUUUAUUGUUCUGGCCAAAAGACCAUGACAAACAUGUAGCAAUAGUAUUAAUAAAAGAAUACAGAACAAGCAUCCAUAAUAUGAAUCAACAUCUACGAUGUAAGAGAGAUAAGAUACCAAAGACACCAACAAGCUUAAAUCUAGUUUGAUUAAUUACUGUUGUUAAGGAACUUUCUUCAGAAUCCGUAUUGAUGUUUGGCACAAAGGUUAGAAUUCAUUAAAAGGGAGCAGUAAGGAAUUACUCAGCAACAAAAUGAAUCGAGGGAGCCACACCACUUUUUCUGAGUGUGUCUCACUCAGGUAUAUAUCAUAAAACAUCUAUGCUCAGAUACCUGGCAGAAGUGUGUGCUUUGAACAUUUGUUUUUGAAAAUGCUGUUUGCGCAAAACAGCUUAAUUAGCUUCCUAGAUGUGUUUCUGAUACAGUACAGUAAUGCUAUUAACAGUUCUGAAACUAAAACAAGGCAAAACUAAAUUAGAAAUGCUUAUCACUAAAUUUGCCUUAUGACUAUGAAGAUGGUAUGCCAAGGAAUUGUGUGUGUGUUUUUUUAUAUAUAUAUAAAAGUUGAGAAGCAAUAAUUUGUAAGCAAAAUAUAUAUGAAAAUGUCUGUGUUUACCAAAAGUAUGAUCCAAACACCCCUAACAUGAAAUGGCAGGGCUACAGUGAUUUUGGACUAGUCAUUCGCAUGUCUCCAGAUUCAUCCACUCAUCCAAGAGCACUGAUAUCUAAACUGAUGAGCAGCUGGAUUUCACUCUCUGAUUUAUCAGCCACAAGGGAGGUGGGCAUAUACUUUUAUCACUUACAGAAAUUUACACAUGCCAAUAUUUCACAUCUACUUGUACCAAGUAGAUUUAUGAGAUGCUCUUUAGUGAAUACAAAUGCAUAACAGAACAUCUGCAAUGAAAAAAAACUUAGGGAAGUGCUGGGUGAGAUCCCAUGGACAGUAAUACUAAAAGGAAAGGGAGUUCAUGAAAGGGCUGAAUUCCUCAAUGCCUUCUUUGCCUCAGUCUUUUCUGAUAAAGAAAACAAUGCCCGACCUGAAGAAUUUGGAGCAAAUGAUUCAGCAGAGGAAACACAGCCCAGAAUAACUAAGGAGAUAGUACAAGAAUACUUGGCUAGUUUAGAUGUAUUCAAGUCUCCAGGGUCAGAUGAACUGCAUCCAAGAGUAUUAAAAGAUGUGAUCUCAGAAGGCAGAUGUGAUCUCAGAACCACUGGCAGUCAUCUUUGAGAAUUCCUGGAGAACAGGCGAAGUCCCGGCAGACAGGAGGAGGGCAAAUGUUGUCCCUAUUUUCAAAAAGGGGAAAAGAGAGGACCCAAAUAAUUACCGCCCAGUCAGUCUGACAUCAAUACCAGGGAAGAUUCUGGAGCAGAUCAUUAAGCAAACAGUCUGUGAGCACCUAGAAAGGAAUGCUGUGAUCACCAAUAGUCAGCAUGGAUUUCUGAAAAAUAAGUCAUGUCAGACUAACCUGAUCUCGUUUUUGACAGAAUUACAAGCCUGGUAGAUGAAGGGAACGCAGUGGAUGUAGCCUACCUUGAUUUCAGCAAGGCAUUUGACAAGGUGCCCCAUGAUAUUCUUGUAAAGAACCUGGUAAAAUGCAGUCUUGACUAUGCUACCACUCAGUGGAUUUGUAACUGGCUGACUGACCAAACCCAAAGGGUGCUCAUCAAUGGUUCCUUUUCAUCCUGGAGAAGAGUGACUAGUGGGGUGCCACAGGGUUCUGUCUUGGGCCCGGUCUUAUUCAACAUCUUUAUCAACGACUUGGAUGAUGGACUCAAGGGCAUCCUGAUCAAAUUUGCAGAUGACACCAAACUGGGAGGGGUGGCCAACACCCCAGAGGACAGGAUCACAUUUCAAAACGACCUUGACAGAUUAGAGAACUGGGCAAAAACAAACAAGAUGAAUUUUAACAGGGAGAAAUGUAAAGUAUUGCACUUGGGCAAAAAAAAGAGAGAGGCACAAAUACAAGAUGGGUGACACCUGGCUUGAGAGCAGUACAUGUGAAAAGGAUCUAGGAGCCUUGGUUGACCACAAACUUGACAUGAGCCAACAGUGUGACGCGGCAGCUAAAAAGCCAAUGCAAUUCUGGGCUGCAUCAAUAGGAAUAUAGCAUCUAGAUCAAGGGAAGUAAUAGUGCCACUGUAUUCUGCUCUGGUCAGACCUCACCUGGAGUACUGUGUCCAGUUCUGGGCACCACAAUUCAAGAAGGACACUGACAAACUGGAACGUGUCCAGAGGAGGGCAACCAAAAUGGUCAAAGGCCUGGAAACGAUGCCUUAUGAGGAACGGCUAAGGGAGCUGGGCAUGUUUAGCCUGGAGAAGAGGAGGUUAAGGGGUGAUAUGAUAGCCAUGUUCAAAUAUAUAAAAGGAUGUCACAUAGAGGAGGGAGAAAGGUUGUUUUCUGCUGCUCCAGAGAAGCAGACACGGAGCAAUGGAUCCAAACUACAAGAAAGAAGAUUCCACCUAAACAUUAGGAAGAACUUCCUGACAGUAAGAGCUGUUCGACAGUGGAAUUUGCUGCCAAGGAGUGUGGUGGAGUCUCCUUCUUUGGAGGUCUUUAAGCAGAGGCUUGACAACCAUAUGUCAGGAGUGCUCUGAUGGUGUUUCCUGCUUGGCAGGGGGUUGGACUCAAUGGCCCUUGUGGUCUCUUCCAACUCUAUGAUUCUAUGAAAGGAGAAGUUUUCAAGGUGGGAAUGUUGCCAUGGCCUACACUGAAUCGAAUUUGGAACAUCACAUCCCACACUCACAUCCAAACCUUCCAUAAAACUGAAUAUCUCUUCUAUUGAAUGUUGCAUACAGGAGUAGAGAAAGCUCAGCCAGAUUUCAUCUUGAGGCUUUUAGGUUAAGUUGUCAAUUUUUGAAUUCAGUGGUGUGUGCGCCCAGCCAAAUUUCAUAGAUUUCACCUUAUAGAGCACUUCUGACUUUGAACAAGUCUGACUCUGUGCUAUAACUGAAGAGGGUGGCAGUUCAACAAGAACUGCCCUGAUCCACAAGCCCAAAAGGAGGGCCAGUGUGAGUGGGUUGGUGCAGGGGUUCCAAAAACAGAUGUCAAAAACAUCAGAGUGAUCCGUGCUAGUGCUUUAUUAGAAGAAGGUGAAAACUGACAAGACAGCCUCCACAGCCCUGCUGCACUCCGAAACAGCAAACAUUCGUUAUGACUUGUCUGUGAGGGGCUAAUGAUAUGUUAAACAAGCUAAGUAAGAUGGCAAUAAUAGUCCAAUUAACACACCCCUUGCUUAGAGGCACCUUCCUAACCCAUCUCUCAGAUAAGGCAGUCAGCACGAGAAGCCUCCCCUCUCCAAACUAACUAAACCAAAACUAAGGCUUCAAAGUUUCAAAGCCGGGGUUAUCUUGACUACCAAGGUGGCAUUUACAGGCCUUCCAGGACAUUUGCACCAUUUGGAUCUACACAAUCUGCCCCAUGUGUUCUUCCGUAGUUCCCUUGGGGUCUCAAAGGAGGGGAGUUGUUACUCGGCUGCAAGCAAAAUCCACAACAAUAUAAAAACAAAACAAAACAAAAAUCAAUCCUAUCACUGUAAUUGUGACAGUCAUAAUUAAUAAGCAGUGCCACCAUCCUCCAAGCCUUUGGAACCUCUAUCACAAUCCUCCAUGUUUCUUGUUCCAAGUUGGUUGUCUUAGUGCUAUCUUGAUACAAAGUAUGCAUCCUUUUACUUAGGAAGCUAGGUUUAUCUGGACAUAUAUGCAGCACCCCUGCUUUAUAAAACCACAACACCCUCCUUGAGCAGCUGCAAUCAUAUAUAAUGCUAGCCUGUUUUGCAAGACAGCUGCUUUCACGGCAGAGGUUUCCUUAAUGAGGGCAACCAACCCCAGUGCAGUGGUGUUUAAAGCUGCCUGCAUUAUCUCAGCAAACUCACUGACCUUCAUCAUGGUGAACAUAAUUCCAGCAGGUGGAAUCAAUACUAUCAAAUUAUCACCAUGGUUAAAAACUGAUCAAAGUCCAUCUUCCUUUCCAGGUUCGCCAAUUUAAUGCCCUGUCACUAGACAGGGCUGGCAUCAUCUGAUACGGUACCCAAGCCAGACCCAGGUAACAUCAUCCAUGCCACCCUGGGGGCAACCACAGCCAGCCAUAGUUCCCACAUACCCAAUAGGUACCGUUUGUUCCCACUCAGUAAAUCUCAGGGGUCUGGUCCAGUUAUUCCCAGGCCAUAACACCAGUGUGGUGUAGUGGUUAAGAGCGGUAGACUCGUAAUCUGGUGAACCGGGUUUGCGUCUCCACUCCUCCACAUGCAGCUGCUGGGUGACCUUGGGCCAGUCACACUUCUCUGAAGUCUCUCAGCCCCACUCACCUCACAGAGUGUUUGUUGUGAGGGAGGGAGGAAAAGGAGAAUGUUAGCCGCUUUGAGACUCCUUCGGGUAGUGAUAAAGCGGGAUAUCAAAUCCAAACUCUUCUUCUUAACCAUAUGAACCCAUCCCACAUCUGCUUAGUAUGAAGCUAAUCCCUUCAGGAUACAUUUUCCCUUCUCGUCUCAUUGCAUUGACUGAGAAGGUAAGAUUAGAGAGCAACUCUUGUACACACUGGGGUACUGAUAGAUAGGACAGGGUGCACUUGCUUAGCAUAGCAUUCAAAUGACAUUGCACCACACAAUAAUCAUUUUUAUCCAAUGGCUUGAAAUAUGUUGAAGAAACCACCAUGUCCUUGCAUUGGCAUCUGUGUGCAGAUCCAGCAGUUAUAAGAGCCAGUAUUUUUUGCUGAUCGAUCUGUCCAAUUGAUGUAGAGAUUUCCACUCCCGCUGUGGGAGUUGAUGACAGCCAAGCUCCUGGUCUACAGGAGGUACAGCAACAUCUUGGCACAAGUGUGGAUACAGUCAGUAGAGGAACCCUGGGACCCUCCAGAUUAUGAUGGCUGUGACUGCCGCUGUCCACUCCAGGUGCAACCUUUAACAAGCAAACAAAUAUCAUUUAGGCACAAUUCUAGGCACAUUGUCUCCUUGUACCAGUACUACACAAGUAGCUGUCCCAGCUGGGCUCAGCAUUUCAGCAACUUGCAAUUGGCCAGAGGGCUUCCACCAGCGGACUGAGUUGAGCCAAAUCCUUUGCUUCCCCUGACGCUGCAGCCACUACAGCCUGUUCCAAUAUGAGUUGAAGCAACCUUUCCCCAGCCUGAUAGGGCAACUUCUGUGGAGCCUGGAGGAUUGGUUUCACUUCUUCUUGGUAGUCAGGGGUCUAUCACACCCGCUAGAACUUGCACUGCUUUCAAGGGCCACCCAGUUCUUGCAUAAGUGCCAGUAGGAGUUUAAAGUCCCAGUCAUAAGUGGAGCGGACUUGCCAUUGCCUGUGUAUGCUAUGGGGGUGUUCUACCUCCAUCUCUGCUAUUGCUCCCCAAGCAUCUUGAUACAUGGCUAUAAUCCAAUCAAGCAAACACUGAUUGCCUUGCGUCUUCUGAGACCCAUGCAGCUGCUGCCUUGGGACUGGGUGUGCAGCCACAUUGCUCACUGCCUCUCCCAUCAAGAGACUCAAACUGCCCUCUCCUUCAUCCCACAAAUGUGACAGCCAGGCCAACAGUGUUUCGCGUGGCUACUGAUGAAAUUACUUAGCCAGCUCCAUGAGCUCACCAGAUUUAUCAUCAUGAACAGUAUUCACCUAGAUUGGCAGGGCUGGGGCAGCACCAACCCUACACUACUUCACUUUAGCCUGCAUCAAAGGACGUGCAGCCAGCCUCAUUCCCUCAUCAUCAUCACUACUUCCCCUUCCUCAUUCAAGGUGCUGUCCUCAGCUUUAUCAUCCCAUCCUGAUGGUGACCAAUCAGGUUGACCAAGAAUAGUUGCACCCUAGGGCUAUGCAAACAGUGUCCCCUUCUCUGUGCACAUUGAGAAGCCAGUGCGAGCAGCUCCUUUUCCUGCUUCUCUAACUUUCCACCUGAAUCCCUUAGAACUUCACAGACGGUAGCUUGCAUAUCUCUUUCAUGAGCCACAUCCUCCUCCAUGGACUUCAUCCACUUUGCAGAAGCCUUCAAGUCAUUUCCCCAAGGGCUUCGGUGGUUAAAUUCAGCCACUCAUAGGCAGCGGUUAUAGCUGCUGGAUCUACGUAGACAGCUGACCAAUCCUGGGAAGCCCCAAACCCAUCCAGCACCUCUGCCACAGACACCCACCCACUCUUCCUAACUCCAGCCAGGAAUUCGCCAUCUGGCUGCUAUGACUCCCUAACGCAUCCCUACUUUGGAAACCUGCUAACUGUGCCUAUUGUCCUGAUUUUUUUUAUGUUUUUGUAUGCGUUGGAAGCUAUCUAGAGUGACUGAGACAACCCAGUCAGAUGGGUGGGGUAUAAAUAAUAACGUUGUUGUUGUCACUAUCAUUAUCAUCAUUAUCCACAGGCCAAAAGGAGGGCCUGUGUAAGUGGCUUAGUGCAGGGGUUCCCAAGAAGGAUGUAAAAAAUGCCCAAGUGAUCAAAGCUAGUGCUUUAUUAGAAGAAGGUGAAAACUUACAAGACAGGCUUAACCUCUGGAUCAUGACUUCAAGCCCCACCUUGGGCAAAAUAUUCCUGCAUUGCAGGGGGUUGGACAAGAUGACCCUUGCCGUCCCUUCCAACUCUACAAUUCUACGAAAAGCCUGCAGAGCCUUGCUGCCAAUGCAGGCUCAGGAUAGAUGCUGAAACAUCAAGCAUUUGUCAUGACUUGUCCUCGAGGGGCUAAUAUGUUAAGCAAUACUGAUAAAAAAGCAAGCUACAUAAAUUGGCAACAAUAGCCCAAUUAACUCACCCCUUGCUAACAGGCACCUUCCCAAUUUUCAUCCACCUCUCUGAUAAGAGUGUAGCACAAGAAACCUAGUCCCAGGGCUAUCUUGACUACCAAGAUGGAGUGUGCGGGCUUUCCAGGUCAUUUGCACCAUUUGGUUCUACACAGGAGCUUGUGUCUUACUGCAGGGCAAGAUUAGCACAAGCCUACUAUUUUUGGUAUAGAGAGAAGUGAAUGCAACGUGAGAAAUGAAAGAAAAAGGAUCAGGAGGGACAAAAAAUAUCCAUGCCAACAGUGCAAUCCUAUCCAUUACUCUUACUAAAGAGUAAGGCUCGUUGAGCUCAAUGGGGCUUACUCCCAGGUAAGUGUGUGGAGGAUUGUAUUCCAGCUUUACCUAUUCUGAAGAUAUUUCCCUGUUUUCCAGGCUGCUGAAACUGAAGCUUGCAUUACCAGAAGAAAAUUAGCAGAAUGGAAGUGUAUCAAAUGCUGCACUGUACUCCUAUUAAAAAUAUUUACUGUGGCACAAAUUAACAAGAAGACCUCGCUUUUUUUGCAAUUACUCUACUGAAUUGCAAGGAACUGGGACUGUCGAUAUGCAAAGCAACCAUCAUAGAAUCACAUUAGCUAGCAAAAUUAAGUUGGAACACAUUAGGUAGUAAAAUGAAGCUGUAUGUUUAUCAUUGUGUGCAUUAUUAAUGAGGGAAAUAGCGAAGGCAACAAAAUUCUUUAGCAUAGUUUUGCAGGAUUGAAUAUUUUUGUAUUUUGGGGGAUAUCCUAUUAAAGGACGUAAAACAACCCUUUAAAAUAAAACAAAACAUUCAAAAAUGUUUAAAAUUGAGAAAAAUGUUUUGGAGGAGGUAAUAAAAUUGAAGGAUGGAAUAAAUUUAUUGCUGUCUGAAAAUAUGGCAUCUAAUGUAUAGGCCAGUUUUUCUGCAUCUGUUUUUCAUGAAUGCAGCGAAGUGAAUAUAAUAAAGAUAUUAAACAUAUAUUGAGUUCCAUUAUGAUCUUGCAGAUCUGUUUAGGAUAUCUGUUAAGUUGUGGGCGAACGUAUCAGACGACACAGCGAUUCUUCAAACAGCUCUUGUUUAUUCAGAUGCCAGAACAGAACUGAACUGAAGAGCUCAGUCAGCCUGCUUAUAUAGAGCUCCAGAACAGCGUAACUGUUGCAACUUUCUAAAACUAUCCAAUCAUUGAACGUCGCUUUUGAUCCUUCAUUUGCAUACAAACUAUCCAAUCAUUGAACGUCACUUUCGAUCCUUCAUUUGCAUAACUAUCUACAGUAUCCCCCUGCUGGCCCAGGGUGAGAACUUCAGUACAUAACAAUAUCUUCUUAAUGAUACCAGAAACUUUAUGAAGUCAUGGCAUGAAGAGAAUCAAUUUUUGGUUAUUUUCUCCCCUUCAUGCUAUAUUAUCCACUACAGACUCAUCAAAGUCCAAACUUAAACAGUUUGGAAGCAUUGUACACAGCAAACUUCAUGAGCCAUGCAGACGUGCAGCAAAACUUUGAAAGUAUACACACACACACACACACACACAAUUUCUAAAUAUUUAUGUAUUGAUUGUCCUGCCUCUCCUUGCUUUUUCUCCAAGUUGGUAAUGUGCUACUUUUACUUUAUUGAGAUGGACUGAUAGUAACUAACUUUAAAACACUUUUAAUAUCCCCCCACUUCAGGAAUACACAAUAGAUGUUUUCUUCCGCCAAAGAUGGAAAGAUGAGCGAUUAAAGUUUAAGGGUCCAAUGAACAUUCUUCGACUGAACAAUUUAAUGGCCAGCAAAAUCUGGACUCCAGAUACAUUCUUUCAUAAUGGAAAGAAGUCAGUAGCUCACAACAUGACAAUGCCAAAUAAGCUACUACGAAUUCAAGAUGACGGGACUCUCUUAUAUACCAUGAGGUGCACAUUUUAUUUUGUCUUUUGAUCACUGUCCUGGUAAGCUGUUCUCACUUUAGCAUCAAGCCAGCAUGAUCCCUAUUAUUAACACUCUCAUUUCACGGCAUCCUGUAGCAAACACUUGGGUAAGCAGACUCCUAACAUGCAAAAUACGCCAUCCAUUUCCCAGAGGUACUGGAUGCAGAAAAGAACUGCAUCCUUCCCAGUGCCCUGAUAAUCUAAAGACCUCCCUAGUAGCCUAUUCACACAUACAUACCACCCAUUGCAUGCUAUGAAACUAGCAGAUGAAUAGUUUUGAGAUGCCCCAAUACAGGUGGAUCAGAGAUCUGUUACAUUUGCAAAAAAUACAUAAACUUAUCAGUUUGCAAAUAUUGGUUCAGUUUGCAUGAACAUGUGGAUUCUAAAAAAGGAGACUGCAGCCACUGCACUCCUCUACUGAUAUUUCUGCUGUUGCGCUAUCCAGGGCUUAGCAUUUGAACCUAGGCUCGUGGUUUGUCUCUUUCAGCCCAACCACAAGCUGUAAACCAAGCACAAACCUUGUUUGCAGCACAUGGCUUGUCUAGAAUGAGAACACCUAUGAGCCUGAGUUCAGAUGAAUCAAUAAGCCAAAGCAAGAGGUCCAAGGAAUUAGUGUGUUGCCCAUGGGAACCCAUAUGCUUGUACGUUCACGCUAAGCCAUGGUUUGACUUAGUGUUUCAUGCAAACCAGUUUGCUGCAUGUUUCUAGUUUUGCUAGAUGAGUCUUUGCUUUGAUGCAUUUAUUUUCUGGGGUGCUUUUAUUGAAACAAUCAACAUUAAAUUAUUUAUCAGUUUUAUUUAAGGUACGUGCCUUUAAUAGGACUUCUGUGUUCAUGUGGCACAUAUUUUUGAACUGAAUGUUAAUGGGUAACCUGUAGUUCCAUAAUUCGCCAUUUCAUUCAGCUGGCCUUAUAGUUUUGGGAUCCGUUUUGUUGUGAUGAGGCAGUGUCCUCUGAAGGAUCAAAUAAAACAAAUAAAGGACAAAUAGAGGGUUAAGUUUUAAUUGAUUUUGUGUAAUUAAUCUCUGCAAUCUGUAAAUUCAGGGGUUUUUUUUAUGGAAUUGGUUUUCAUGACUCUUUAACAGCAGACUUAAGUAUACAGUGGUCUUUUCCCUUUUAGGCUUACUGUCCAGGCUGAAUGUCCAAUGCACUUAGAAGACUUCCCUAUGGAUGCCCAUUCGUGCCCAUUGAAAUUUGGCAGCUGUAAGUAACAUGGCUAAAAGCGCAGCCUCUAGCUAGUAAAUAUCUUACAUAGUUCAACAUCUCAUUUCUGCUCUUGGACUUGCUCACAAUUUAUGUAUGCUUCAGCAACAUUGUGCUGCAUUAUAUGUUCUGGGGUUUUUUAUAUUUAAAAUAAUUCAUUUCCAGUGCUCUUGUCUUUGAACAUGUUAGCUAAUUCCCUGGGUUCUUGUUUUUCCAGAAGAUAUUAUGGCCUAAUUGCAGCAUUCAUCAUAAAUAAUGUCAUUUAUUGACCAAUAGGUUUAAAUCGUUAUAGUAGCAGAGUGACACAAUUGUUAAUGCAGCGCCUGGAUAAGAAUAAUUACAUACCUGAUACAGCGUGGAAAAUGAAAUAAGAUAUCUGAAAAACAUGUGCUUUGAAAUUACGCCAAUGCGGUUCCUACACAAGCUGAAGUUUAUCUUAAUGUUUUGUUCUUUUGUACUUGUAUGAAGGCUGUAGCAGGUAAAAUCUUCUACAAUACUCUUCUAAUGCAACAAAUAUGCUUUUUAAGUUGUACAAAAUUGUUGGAGCCAGCCGUUACAAAUGGCGCAGUUUAGCAUAAAAUAAAGACACAGAGAGCCAGCAAUAUUUUCAGGAUGGUAUGAGCAGCUCCUUUCGAACCUCCCUCUCCUCCUGUAGCUUCUUUUAUUAUCCUUGGCCGUUUGCCAAAGUCUCACAUUACCUCAUCCGGUCAAGGCUUUAACCCACCCACAAACCAUAUAAGGUCAUCACUGCCCAGAGGAAAUACAACUCCAUUUAAGGUCAAUACAUUCCAAUACAUUGUAAAGCUCAGAGUGCCUUGGUCAGCCGAGGUCAGGGGGCACCCUGCAAUAUUACAAGCCUUUGCCGUGGCUUUAUGACUCCCACACAAAAUAAGUGCAAAUGAAAAUGCAUUUGCACUAAAUAGUGAGCUGGUUCACACAUCAUUUAAAUCAAAGUUUAGUUUAAUUAUGAUUUAAAGGUGAAUGUGUAGAGAGAUUGUGCAUGGGAUUAAAAUUGUGGCCCUUUGCUUAUACCCAGCUCCUGCUUCUGUUGGGCUGUUUGGAGCUUUGUUAUAGUUUGGCUCAGUGUUAUGUUCAACCCAAGCAAAGAACAAUCCUUGGUUACAGCUCACUUUUUUUGUAGAGAGAAACGAGCCAAACCAUUCCACCCCAUGCACCAGCACACUGUACUUAAGCUUAACUAUGGUUUAAAGUGAUGUGUGAAGCAGGCUAAUAUGAGGAUAGGCUAACUGGUAUGAGUCCAUGCUUAAUUCAGUUUGUGUGGUGGAAAGGUGACAAUAUAUCUCACUAAUAUUUUGUUCUUCCUUUGAGAAGUAUAGACUUGGCUCAGACACUACACAAAAAACCAUGGCUUGUAAAAUCACAUGGGUUGUUGUGACAUCUGAGCAGACAUUUUGUGAAUCAUCUUUGCUUUGAAGCUAGUUUGCAGAUCACACUUUGUGUAAUUCUUUGUGAUAAAAUGUUCUUCACCAAACUAGUAAUAAUAUACAUUUUUAUUGUGGUUGUGAAUUACGUUUUAUACAUUGUGCUUUGAACUUAGGCAUCAGCCUCUCAGUUAGAUUUAAGCAACUGCAUCUCACCCAGGAGAAAGGAUGUCUCUUUUGAUGUGAAUGCUCUUGCAAGUUUUCAAGGUAAAAUAGGUUGAGUCACCUAAGAAUUACAUAAUGAAAGAAUCCUUAGUUGACACUCUUAGUCCACACAUGGACACAGACAAACAGGAGAGCCUCAAAGGGUCUUAGGGAAGGGAGGCAUUGGUGAAUAGGAUCAUUGUUUUGUCCAGGGUUUCCCAAACUUGGGUCUUCAGCUGUUUUUAGACUACAACUCCCAUCAUCCCUAGCUAGCAGGACCAGUGGCCAGGGAUGAUGGCAAUUGUAGUCCAAAAACAGCUGGAGACCCAAGUUUGGGAAACCCUGGUCUAGUCAGUUAAGGAAGGACUCUGGAUGCCUCAGAUUUUAAUUCCUGGACACGACCUAAAGGAAAAACAAUAUGUGCUCUGGUUAAGAUCUACGGAGCAAAUAAAAGUAGAUAACACUGAUGUGUUUGAAUCUUUAAUUUGAAUUUUUGCUGAGAUUGUGUAAAGCAGAAAUCUUUUUCCAAAGCAUCUCUUUGGGUGAAAAGCUUCCUUUUUAAAAGAAGAAAAUGCUAAUGUAUAAUGCUGAGAGUGUCCAAUGGUUUGAUGAGGGAAUUUGAUGGGGAAAGGCUCUAAAAGGCUCCUGUUUUUCUUACAGGAAGUCAGGGCUAAGCAGUCUUUCCUUUUGUUAUUUUCAGUUGGGGGGGGGAAUUAAAGGCUUUAUUACCACACAAAGAGCACCAGGUUUAUUUGAUCCAUGGAUGCUGCUUCUAAAUGCUUUCCUUAAUAAAGACCAUAAAACCUUCUGGCAAGUGGUCUCAGGAGUUUUGCAUUCUUGAUCACAAGCUCUAAACCGUUGUAUCUCAGUGCAUGUCUGAGGACCACUUUAGAGCCAACUUUACAGACACAGAUGAUAUUAUUACAUCUUAUUUAGGCUCUCUACUUGAUGCUGUGCUAUGAGUCACACCAAAAUGGAACCCAGUUUCUGUAAAAGAAGUCUUACCUGUGAUUCCUCAGAUCAAGAGCGGGAAGGAUCCAAGGAUUGAUUAAUAUCCCUCUGAAACUUAUAAAAGUAAGGCAACCUUGGUGGGCACCAUUGUUGGAUGCCCUUUUUACUACAGUGAAUUGUUCUGGCAUGAUCCUUUCUAGCUGAAAGAAGCAAUAGUGGUACCUUUUUUUUAAAAAAAAGGGUAAAGCUUGUGAUCUGGGAAACUGUAGACUUAUAAGCCUGCCAUCAGUCAAGGGGGAGUUGUAUGCCAGGUUCUUAAGCAACGGAAUGAUUUAUUUCUUAGAAUCUGAGAAUAUACUUAUUGAUUCUCAAGCAGCAUUUAGAGAAAAUUGUUCAACCCUUGAUCACUGUCUGAUCCUUUGUCACCUUCCUGAAAAAUAUACAAGAACCUUGUGAGGGAAACUGUUUGCUGCCUUCAUGGAUUUAAAGGUAGCUUUUGGUUAUAUCUCCAGGGUCAAGUUAUGGCAGAAAGUGGAUGAAAUUCUUGUUGAUAAAAGACUUCUCGCUUCUUCCUCUUUUGCCUUUGUAUUGCAAUAGUCUUUCACAAAUCAGAUGUGGUAAUAAGGGACAGUUUACUAAAGAUAAACCCACAACCAAGGGAGUUAAGCAAGGAUGUAUACUUGCUGCUACUUUGUUUAAUUUGUUCUUAAAUGAUCCCAGAACUGCCUUGAAUGACCCAGAUGGACUCCUACCAAAACUAGGUAAUAGGAAAAUUUGUAUCUUACUUUAUGCAGUUUUUUUCCUCCUGCUCUAUACUUGGGCUAAAAUGCCUGUUAUCUCAGUUUUUAAUCUAUUGUAAGCACAAUUGUUUAAAGUUCAAUUAUGGAAAAGCAAAUGUUUUAGCUUUUGAAAACAGCAUUUCCCAGCAUAGGUGGGUUUUAGAUGAUCAAAUUAUGGAACAAGUUAUAUAGGGGGUAAAAUUCAAUCAUGCUACAUUGUGGUCUACUCACAGAUACCUGAAACAUGCUUUAUAGAAUAGGAAUGUAAUUGUUAUUGCAUUUCACACCUAAUUAUUGAAGCUGAGCUUGAGCACUAAGAUGAGAUGGUAUUUAUUUAUUCAUCUUAAAGUAUCAGAUACCAUUUUUCGGAACAAUUGUCUCACAAAGUGGUUUACAACCAUUAAAUACAUCAGCCAUCAUUAAAAUACAACAAUAAAACUUCUGAAUUUGAUUAGAAUAAGGCAGAUGAACAAAUACUUGUUUGUCAAAUGCUGUACACCUCAGUCUGGAGGUGGAGCUGGAGGUGGGAGAGACACAUAUACCUGUAUAUCUAAAGUAUAGGGUAUGGGCUUCUGAGACCUGUAGCUGAACAUCCCAGCCCUUGGAGACCUUUCAUUCUCAGUUCAGGGAUGAGGUAGUUUUCAAUUGACUGUCCUAAAAAGUGUGCAAGAGGGGAUGUUCCAUAACCUCUGUCCCACGAUGGGUAAAAGUGAAAGUCUUCAACACAACAAAAAUGGAGCUCACCAUGCACGCAGAGACCGGGGGAAAAAUGAGUAAGAAGCUCUAUAAGAAGCUAGCACCAUUCCUGUUGGAUGGGAGAAAAAUGAUCCCUGUGCAGCAGGAAACAAUGUUUGAAGAAACAUCCAAGGACCAGCAAUAUGAGUCUUCAGCCCUUGACCCAGAUGACAUUGAGAUGUCUCCCAGCACAGAUCCAACAGAGGCAACUAUUCAUUUACAACAACUAACACAUCCUGCAAUGAAGCCACAGCAGUACACAUUGCAGAAGGUUGUUGUGCACCAGGAACUAUUCUGGAGGAGCCUAGAGGACACAGUAGGUCAGUGCAAGGGGAUCUCCUAGUGAGCAGCUUGCUCUAACAAUAGCUAUUGGUGAACUUUUUGACCCUCUGCCUGCAUCUACCUCUCCUUUGCCCCGUUCCCUUUUGAAGAACUAGAGUCUCUUAAAAGGCCAACGCUCAUCUGAAGGGAGGUAUGUUCCCUGAGCUCCACAGUCUCCAACCUAAUGCAUUUCCUGUGCCUGGUGCACUCAACACACCCUUGAGAAUCCUGUCUCUGAUUCUACAGGGACUGGUACUACGGGAUCUCUUCUGCCUGCUAGCCUUGGAUUUCACGAUCCCUGAUCUUCAGCAUGAGAUGCAUAGUCAGGAACCUAGACCAGCUCCUUGGCCAGUGACACUGUAGGCUCCAGUUCAGUGCCUUGGUCACUGAAUGACUCAGGGAUCAUGACAGGCACCUGAUGUUAGGGACUAAGUACACUGAUUUCCCGAAGGAAGUAAAAGGGCAUGGUCUAACAUGUUGUUCAGGCUCCUGCUCACCAGUAACUCUCGCUGGUGAAACUGUGGGAAAAGCCUGCAUCACUCUAGGCAGGAUCACUUGAGGUCCUGUUGAUCCUAGAAUGCAACAGUGGAAAGCACCCUGUGCCAUGAUGCCUGAGAGAUGCAACCCAUGGUUUGGAAUGAAAAGAUGGAUCCAACGUUGCUGCUGCUUAAUGUCGGUGAACCAGAUGUGUGGGCCAUCUCUCUCUCAACCUCCAGUUCUCAUUUGAAGAUUUAUUCUUAACUUUCCAGAGUUAAUUCUACAUGGUUUCUGAUGAGAGCAGUCCCUGCACACACCACAGUUCAGCCCUGGUCAGCCUCUCCUGCUUUCAAGUUUCACAGAGUUACAAGGUGAGUGGUUUUUGGUUUUUUUACACCUCUCUUAAAUGUCCUCCUCCUCCUUGCUUUGUUGCCAAUGCUUUAUGUGAAAUUUAAGAAACUGGUUCAAACUGCAGCAACUUCAUGACGCCUAGGUGCACCAUGAAUGUAGUGUUUCUCAAAAGAUGCUGACAACUCCUACAUAUACGUUGCAGCAUAUACAUCUCUCACAAAAUAUAGGGGUUCCAUUAUACUGACAUAAAUACUCACGUAAAUACCCCUGCAUUCCCUCAAACAAGCAGCCCUGAAGUGCAUGCCUGAGUCAUUAACAAUAGAGAACCUGCUGUGCUUACCAUAUUUGCAACCGAAACCAAAGAUACCUUGAACACUGUUUAUCCACUGAAAAUAGAGAGGGUGUUGCCUACUGACCAGUCCUUUAUUUCAUGUACAGGUGUAGACGAAAUAAACCCAAAUGUGGAAGAAACAGAAUGGAAUGUCCCAGAUAGAAAAGUAUUCGCGACACCCCGAUCUGUGGAAGCGGAGUUUGUUGGAGAAGAAAACACCCCAAGAUGCAGAAACCAAACUAGCCCCACCUUCUCCUGGUGCUAGAUAGAGUGGCCAACUAAAUGCUCAUAUUAAGCAGUCAACCUGAGAAACAGGAGGCAAGUAGAUAAUGAUGUCUGUGAAGGACCUGGUCAUCAAAUGGCAAAGGGCAGGUGAAAGCUUCAGCUUCUUACAUGAGCAGAUACAAAUAAGACACAGAGAUAUGGUUUGUUUAUUUAAUCAAAUUAAAAAAACAACAACACCAUGACUAACAUCUUAAUACGUAACAGGUACCAUUUUCAUUAUCACAUUUGUGCCACUCAUUUGGAAGGUAGGGACAACAAAGCUGAUUUUAUCAGCAUGUCCUGGAUAAUGUCAUUUUAUUUUCCCUGAAAGCCCCAAACAUUGAUUGCAGCAUGCUAUUAUUUACUUUAAUAUUUAAUAAAUUAUAAUUCUGCUUUAAAUUGAUCUUAACUGUGAUCCUUUGUCUAUAAAAGUAUAGUUAAGACAAUAAAGAGCUCAUGGAUAUUUAUGUGAUGCCAUAUUUUGGAGAUAAGAUGACCAAGUAUUUUCAUUUCUGAAAAUGGAAGGGUCAGGUAUUUCAAAAUUACUCUUGUGCUAUAUAUAGUCUCUGUUUUUUUAUGUUAUUGUUUAUGUAAAUUUAAAUGAACAAUAAAUAAAUAAAGGGCUGUUUCACUGAACACCUCCGGUGGUUUGUUUGUUUGUUUGUCUUUUGCCACAUUUGUGGGUCAUGAAACGUCCACUGUCUCUAUUUCCAAGCAAACUGAAAACAUAGUUUGGUCAACGUUGUUCAAUGGAAACAAAAAUGUUUUGAUUUACAAGAGAAGAGUCGCUUGUAGAAAGAACAAUUUGUGGAUGAAACUGAAUAGAAAGUGCAGAGCAAAUUUAUUCUGAUUGGCUUCAGAUAAAUGCCUAGUCUAUAAACAAUAAGUAGGGUCAGUAAGAGAACCACAGCAGAGGGCAACCCAACAACAGAGACAGGAGAAGCAUUGGGGGUGGUUUUUUUGCUUCGUGUUUUCCUUCUUUCUCUCCCUCCAUGAUGGGGUGGAAAACCUCCCUCUUCUCCUCUCCCAUGUGCAGCCAUCACUGCUUGACAAGUAAAGGGUAUAGAAUGGGGACUCUGGGAAUUCACAUUUUGAUCGUAGCUGGAAUUGAAUUUAGGGGCUUUGAAAGCUCAGCUCUCAUUUGAGGUUGGCUUCUCUGAGCCUCCAACUUCUAAUUCAAGCCUGGGUCUUGAUUCAGGCUUUAGGUCCAGUUUUGGUUGCCCUGUAUUAUGACAUCUGUCAGGAAAGAAGGGAAAUGUGUCCCUGCUGAUUUUCCUUUACCUCUCAGCAACAUUCAAUAUAAUUGGCCAUGGAGCAACUGUCCAAGUUGGGGGUGGGUGCCAUUGCUUUGCAGUGAUGCCAGUCCUCCCUGGAUGGUCCUUUCCAGGGGGUAAUGCUUGGGCAGUGUUCUUCGGCUCUGUGUAGCUUUCAAUGUGGGGUUCCUCAGGGUUCAAAUUUAUCCCCUAUGCAUUAUGUGUAGUGCUGCCUUUGAAGAUGGUUUGGAAAUUUCAACUGGUGCAGAAUUUGGCAACCAGUUAGCUUAUCAGGGCAAUUUAGUUUAAGCAUGUUACACCGAUCUCAUGGUGUAGAAGGCUGGAUGUCCUAGAGUAUGAUCAUUGUCAAAACCACAUUAUGGCUUUCUGAAAUUUACCCAGAGGAAAUACAUGUUUUAGGACAAAUUUCCAGUUCUUUGGGGGCAGUUUUCUAAUAUCUGGCCUGGAAAUGGCUCUAAUAUUGCAGGUGCAAAUAAGAGGUUUGCUAUACCUGUAGAGAAGAGAAUUGCACAAGCUAUGGCUAUAAGAACUUCUGCAACCUGCUUGCAGCAUUUUUCUGUACUGCUUAUGUGGUAUUCUGUGAAGUGGUUUGAGUCUUCAGUAGCUAUUUUCUUGAUGAUGUGAUCAUGUUAGGGGUUAAGGAGAAGGUUAUGGUUGAAUUCCUUGAUUUGGACUUCUCAUGAGUGGAACAUAAGGACACAAAGAAAUCGAGGUGCAAAGAAAUUGUGAUGAAUUUUACAUCCACAAGAAUUAUGAUAGUAUAGUUAUCCAAGUACUCUGAUGCUAAAGGUUUAUAGUUUGCAGUUGUCUAUGUUGGUAUCUCUGGGCAACAUUGAGGUGUGCUGAUUUUCACAUUGAUAUUCAUAUUGAAGCAGGAAUUUCUUCUCCAGAUGAUCAAAACUAGUUAAAUGAUGUGUCCAUGAAGCCCUUUAUUAUUAGUGAUCAGACAUAUGCCAUUCUGCUGCGGUUAGUGAGAGUCUAUAGCUGGCAUCUCACAAUGUCAAAGGAUUCUGGAUCAGCUAUUGUAAUAGCAAUGUAUAGUUGUUGUUAAACCACUUUGCUUUUUUAACGAAAUACAUAGCAUAUAAGUAUUUUUUAAAAUUAAUACAUAAUAGCAGUCUUAUUCAUUUCUUGGUAUAUACAGGAUUGUUUGUGUUUUGGAAAUAUAUUUUGCUUUCAUACACUGUAAGUUUUCUGAGUUUGUUUUUGGCAGAGUCUAUGCUGUCAAAAGUUCCUGUAAUUCAAAUCUGGUAACUUACUUUCACAACUGCAAACCCAUGUGAUUUAAUGCAGAUACAAUAACAUGAAUUCCCUUAAAUCUAAAUUAAAAAUUGCCUUUAGGAAAAACUAACAAUUUUAUACAACUAAAUCCAUGUUUUCCAUUGUAGGAUAACAUAAAUGAAGUAUCCCAUUCUUUAAAUAUCUUUGCUCCAUGGCAUCUCCUGAAGGCCCAUCAGAGAUCAGACUUCUAGGGGGCGAAAUCAUGAAUAGAUGUGGGGAAACUUUGCCCACCCCCAGUUGUUGCUGAUCUUACAACCCCCAUCAUACCUGGCCAUCUGCCAUGCUUACUGGGACUGACUUGAGUUGUAAUUCAACAACAUCUGGAGGGCCAGAGGUUCCUGACACCUGCCCUAAGAUGUUCAUGGGAGAUGUUUACGCUGAACAGUCUUUUUUAAUCAAUUUUGAGAUAAAUAUGUUGCAUCCUUAAUCUAUUUUGACAGCAGAUAUCCAGUAUUUUCACAAUCACAAAGCAAGGAAUUUUGGAUGCAGUUAUGUGCUCCAUAUGCCCCUUUCUUCCCAUGUUGUUCUCUCACCUGCUUCUGAGCAGGUAUCAGCUGGACGUAUGCACAUAGGGCCUGCCAUCACUUGAGUGAAAGUUAAGGGAAGGGAGCGCGUCUACGCCCUCUCUUUUUCCCCAGUCUGGCUUCUCAUCUCUGCUGAGACAAGCAGCGCAGGCCCCUGGGGAACACUGCAGGCCCAAUGGAUGGAGUGGGAGGUUGUGGGUUGCUGCACUGGUGCCCGCACUGAUCUGUAACCAUCUCCGCCUCCUGUCCUCUGCACAUGGAGAACCACUUUGCAUCCUUUAUGUGUACUCUUACAUCAGGGAUUGGGGAGUUUUGUUGAGGGUCACAUUCCCUUAGUGGCAAUCUAUCAGAGCCAUGUGCCAGUAAUAGGUGGGUCCAGAGCUCAAAGUGGGUGGGGCCAGCCCCUUCUCCCUUUUACGGCCACCCCUUUUCCCCCUCCCUCUCUGUCUCCCUCCCUGUCUCCUAACUAAGUUGAUGGCAGAGGGCCAGGGCUCUCAAUGGAUUUGCUUGUUGACAGCUUCUUCCCCCAUCACUCAAUCCAUUUCAGGUUUUGCCCUUCCCAACCUAUCUCUCCUACCUUCAUGAAACUGGGCCAAGGCCUGCAUAGGUUCUUCCCCCCUGUCUUACAUAGACAAAGCACUUCCAAGUUCCUACUGCUUAAGAGAUCAAGAAAGUCAGUGAAUAUCAGAGGCUGUGCUGAAUUCUCUGAGCCAGCUAUUCCCAAAUAAUUGCUCUUUUGAGCUGAUAACGUGUCUUCUUAUUUCCCCCCUGUAGAUGCAUAUACAUCUUCAGAAGUGACCUACAAGUGGACCUUCAAUGCAUCUAAUUCAGUAGAAGUAGCCCCAGACGGUUCGAGGUUGAAUCAGUAUGAUCUCAUAGGGCAAACAAUUGGAGAAGAAACAGCUAAAUCAAGUACAGGUUAGUAAGACAAAGAAGAAACCGUUCGAGUCCUUUUUCCUUCAGCCACUGGUGCACUUUUGGCCAUAUAUACAGACUACACUCUGUGGCCCCGCCAGUUUGACUUGAGGACAUAGGAAAUUAUAGAUGCUAGAACUUAACUUAAGUUAUUUAUAUACCACUGAAUUACCAAAGUCUCUAAGUGAUGUUACUAUAAUAUGCUAUAUCAUAGAGGGCUUCUAUAUGGGAGCUCUAGGUUGCAAAAUGGCUCAUUUAGAUAUAAUUCUCUCUGUUAAUUGGAAUGUGAACGUCCACAUACUCCAUUUUUUAGUUUUAGAUGCCUUUCUUUCUGAGUGACCAAUCAUCAUUGUUUGAAUUUUUCUGUGUUGUGCUUUGUGGCUCCUUGCCCUAAUCAUUACUCCUUACCCUCCAUUACCUUUUCCUAUUUGUGGCAUGUACACAGAUAUUUGUGUGCCUGUGCACAUAAAAUAAAUAAAUUGCCAGACAUUCACAAGAGCAAACAUUGCCAAUCUUUACUUAUCAUGUUUCAUGGUUACUUACCAUGUUUCAAGGGGUUUUUUUUUGGGGGGGGUGUUAUCUAUUUCUAUUGGGUUUUUUAAAAAAAAGAUUAAUAGGUCCUUGGAACUGGAUUGCUCAAAUUCAGAUGUACCUUCUGCAUGUGGGAAGUGGUACAAAAAUGUUUGCUUGCACCACUUGGACUACCAGAAUCAGAAUGGCUGGAAUGUGUUCCAAAAAGUUACCACACACAUGACAAACCAUACACCCAAAACAGUGUGCUAAGGAGCAAUAACAUGGGUUAUUUUUAUUUCACAGAGUUUCCAUUGUAAGCAGAAAUCUGGAUUAAAUAUAAUUGUUUUUAAAAUGGGCUGCCAUUUUGAUGAUGACAAUGUCAGGUGGACACUGCACUGCAAGAAACUUCCAUGCGUGAGCUGCACAAUAAACCCCCAUCUAGGAAGCAUCUGGAGUCAUAGUUCCAGAUGAUUCAACAAUAGUAGAGUAUCGCAUUCACUUUUGUAGAGACUGCAAAGUAAAGGAAAAUGCACAUAAUUGUGCAUUUAGUUCUGUACUGUUCCCCAUCAUGCAAAUCCCUUUUUAGACCAAAGUGAGCAGCUUAGGUGCAGCUUUUAAUGCUUUGAGGGUGUGCUGCUCAAAAUUAAACUAUCAAUCCAGCCAGAUGGGCAGGGUAUAAAUAACUACUACUACUACUGCUGCUGCUGCUGCUGCUGCUGCUGCUGCUACUACUACUACUACUAUGGUCAAUGACCAAUAUUCAAUAUGAAGCUUUGUCCAAAUAUAUAAAAUAGUAUCAAAACAAAGUAACUAACUAUAACAAUAAUAUUACUAGUAACUGUAUCAUACUAUAAAACGCCAGGCAUAGAAAGCAAAAGUAUAAGUUUGCUGAAAUUAGUUCUUAGUUGUGCUUGUGUGGGGCUCAAUCUUUGUCUGGAUUUACCGACAUAUAGCUUUUUUGAGAGGGGCGUGUGUGGAAAUCUGCAGUAUGUUUGCCUUGUUAAAGCAGAUGUCUUCAGCUUGUCAUGAAAAAUGGUUUAUUGUGGAGGCAAUUCAUAAUUAUUUCUAGCGCUCCUCCUAAUUUGAUCCAUUCAUUUCUAGGUGAAUACAAAGUAAUGACAGCUCAUUUUCAUUUGAAGAGGAAGAUCGGUUAUUUUGUGAUUCAGACCUACCUCCCCUGCAUCAUGACAGUCAUCCUGUCCCAGGUGUCAUUCUGGCUGAACAGAGAAUCUGUCCCGGCAAGGACGGUCUUUGGUGCGUAUUGUGAUGGACACCUGGAUCUUGUGUUAGUUAGCAUUGAAGGCAGCUCAGCAUAUCAGGUGCCAGCUACAGCACAUUUAGUUCAUCUAUCUUUUCAUUCUUUUCUUUUAAGAAUGCAUUCUCUUUUGUGAUUGAAGUUCAUUAUGCAGUGUGACAAACUGUGGCUAUUUGUCACUAAUACUACUUUCAGGUACAGGCCGCAGAGCUCCAGGGAGUUGGAAGGGGAUUAACAUAUGAAAGCAAAGCAUGUAGAGUCAAUAUUCUACUGGCAUUGGAAUACGGGAGGAAAAAAUGUGCCUGGUUUUAGGAAAGUUCUGAUGGUAAAUGUUUUCAAGUCCAGCUUUCUCUCUUGAAUUCUGGUCUGCCAUUUUUAUGCCAUGCAAGUAGAGACCACAGCCUAUAUCAGGAGUGCUCCCAUGCCCAAAGGAAGCUCAGUGCUUCAAUGCAAUAUGGAACUUGUCAUACAGCUUUGAGAUUGGGAUGACUCCAUGUCAGAGUCUGGGUACCAGCAAGGGACAUUUCUCAAUCAUGUUCCUGUUGUAAAAGAGGAGAAAGGUCUGGUAGAUGUUUGGGUUGCUAUUAUUAUGUGUACAAAGUGGUGACCUACCAUCCCGUGUGCCCCUGCCUCCAGCCAAAGUCCCAUUAGAACGAUACUACAUCAUGACUUGCUUUUCCUCCAGGGGCAUUAGUAGGGUGCAAUGACAGCUGUCAACCAGCUGCCACCGAAAGGAGUUUCAUCACUACUAAUGAAGAGGAAAAGUUGAGGAAGCUGCUGCCAGUGGCAACCUCUUCUAAACUGAACCCAUAUCAUUUUCCCCCACUCAGCCCAGUUUUAAGAACUCCUUUUUUGUGCCUUUCAUUACAUUUUUUUGUCCCUUUGUUACGUUUUUUUCUUUCAACAUAAUAUUUUCUAUGUAUCUCAGCCUACACCACUCCCACUUUUGCAAACAUCACACACACACACACACAGAGAGAGACAGAGAGAGAGAGAGAGAGAGCCAUUUCAGGGCUUAUAGGGAUUUUCAGAACCAGCAAUCCAACCUUCCCAUGGGAUGGAUGGAGGGGAGUACAGUUUCAUCGCAGUGAAAACCCCAUGCAGAGACAAGUGGAGGCUGUACAGUGGUACCUCGGGUUUCAUACGCUUCAGGUUACAUACGCUUCAGGUUACACACUCCGCUAACCCAGUGCUUCAGGUUAAGAACUUUGCUUCAGGAUAAGAACAGAAAUCGUGCUCCGGCGGCACGGCAGCAGCAGGAGGCCCCAUUAGCUAAAGUGGUUCUUCAGGUUAAGAACAGUUUCAGGUUAAGAACGGACCUCCGGAACGAAUUAAGUACUUAACCCAAGGUACCACUGUAUUUCCAAUCUGCAUUCUUUUUGCUUGCCUAAACAUUCCUCAGCUGUUCUGACUUGAGAAGUAACCUCAAUAUCUUCCUUGAAUGCCACUUGAGUUAGAGUUACAGUGGAGAAACAUAAGUUGUGCCUCCUUUGUGUGUUUGCCUGGGGCAGGCAGGGGAAAACCCUGGUAGCUUCCCUAUGCUAGCACUGGGUUAGGAAUACAUCCGAGCACAAUUAUCAAAAGAGCAGUUGCAUGGCGACCAUUCUCAAACCCAAGAGCAGAUGUGCUUGCAGAAUAGUGGGUGUGGCGAUCACACAGGGUCCCUGGACGUUUGACGGUCUAAUGACCCUGUGCCACCCACUGUAAUUGCUUUCUUCACUACCACCAACCCAUUUCUCACGGGUACACACGGAGUCCAGACAGUUGUUAACAUUAACAAAUAAUCAAGUUUAUUUUUAUAAGCAUGAAAAAGCUUAUGGUUUCAGUUAAUUUUUCUUGGCAGUUUCUUAAUCUUAGUUUCUUUACUGACCCAAUGUUCCUAACAACUUCAAACUGAUUAUCCCAACUAACUAUCUGACUCCACCUAACAAUUCCUCUCACUCUCUCACAACACAACUCAACCAACCCACAGACUAUUCCUCCCUCUUCCUUCUGCAACUCCCAACUCUCCACUGACUUUCACACAACUCCAACUCUCACUCUAACUCCUCCUAUCAGUUUCCACUGGCCAAUCACGUCACACUCAUUUAACCCUUUCCUUAUGACCCACCUCGGAGGCAAACACCACAGUGGGGUAUGAGCCAAAUGUGGAAUAUUACAACUGUGCUUUUCCAUGAAAAGUUUCUUCUUCUGCAUUAUGCACAUGAGUGAGCUUGCUUUUUAUAUUGGAACACGCUCUGAAGCAGCCUAAAAAGAAACUAUUUUUAAAAACUGAGAUGUUGAGUAUUUCUUGUCUGAGAUCUCCUCUCUAUUUCACUUUGCUCACAUAAUGUACUUAUAAGCAGUAGGUUGCAUUUAAGGACUUGGGAUAAUGAGGCAGUUUUAAUAAUCACGCUCUCCAGUUCCUUUCAUUUAUGACAUCUGUUUAAUGUGGUUGACCUAAAGUGUCCAUGGUGAAUUACGACCAAAUGAUUUGUUGUCUUUGCUUUGCUUCAAAUUAGCCUGUGUAAAAAGUUGCAGUGCUGCUAAUUGGAUAAAUCUUGACUAUGUUCUUCAUAGAAGAUGCAUUUGAAAAGCAUUUGAUUGUGCCUUCAGGGACUAGGCAUAAAGCUGGCACAAAAUUGUUUGGUUCAAGAUUCCAAUCUGUUUUUAUUUCUUAAGGUAUCUGUGCCAUUUGUGUUUUUUCAGCAAUGCAAGUCAAUGACUCUGCGCUGCUAAUUAAAUGCCAACUAUUUUUUUUAAAAAGAAAACUUGCAAAAUACAGACACAUUAAAUACACUGGAUAUUAAAAAAGCAUACAAAGGAUAUCUAAGUCAAAACCUUCACCACCUUUGUUGGUACGCAAAGUAGUUUUUCAGGUAUAGGAUCUAAAGUCCUGGGCUACAUGUGCUGAAUAUUGACUUGUAUAAAGAGCAGGUACAAUUUACCCCAUGACAUGCCGGAGGCACCUUUUCAUAAUCUGUUUUAGGUUCAACAAUAGUUUCCUUUCCAAAUUGGUAUUUGGGAAGCACAAGUCCAAAUUUACCUUUUGUGCAUAGAAUAGUUUGCAUGCCAUUGGUCAAUCCUGACCAAAAUGUUCUUUCAAAGAGUAGGCUUUGACUUAAAGGUAAAGGGACCCCUGACCAUUAGGUCCAGUCAUGGCCGACUCGGGUUGCGGCCCUCAUCUCGCUUUAUUGGCCAAGGGAGCCAGCGUACAGCUUCCGGGUCAUGUGGCCAGCAUGACAAAGCCGCUUCUGGCGAACCAGAGCAGCGCACGGAAACGCUGUUUACCUUCCUGCCAGGGCAGUACCUAUUUAUCUACUUGCACUGGCGUGCUUUCGAACUGCUAGGUUGGCAGGAGCAGGGAUCGAGCAAUGGGAGCUGACCCCGUUGCGGGGAUUCGAACCGCCAACCUUCUGAUCGGCAAGUCCUAGGCUCUGUGGUUUAACCCACAGUGCCACCCGCGUCCCUAGGCUGUGACUUAGUUCACAAAUAUUUCAAUUUUAGAGGUCAAGUGCAUGAACAGGAAUUUAUAACCUGAUUGCACGAUUUUGUUAGCAUUGAGAAAUCUAUUAAAAAAUAUGAGGACCAAAUAGUGACUACUACUGCUGCUGCUUCUUUUUCUUUGCCCUUCAGUUGAAAACUAGAGUUGUUAGAAAUGUUAACAGGAUCCCCAAGUUGCUUAGAAAUAAUACUCAGAUAGAUAUGGAGACAUGCUAUAAAAUUCACUGAAUUAAUCCGUGUGUGUGUGUGUGUGUUUGUAGUGGUAUACAUAUAUUUUGUGGUAAGAGCUUUUUUCUAAAAGAUUGCCAUCUCUGUGAUACAAUAGAGAUUUUUUUUGUUUUUGUACUAAUUAUGCCUGCUUCCUCAGCAUUGCUAAUUUUCGUACAAAGGCAGGUCAGCCACAGGCAAAUCAUCUUUGCAUAGUUCUCUGUCCUGGGGGAGGACAGAUAAUGUGGAGAGUUUCUUAUUCUAAUUAAACUUAAUCAAAGUAUGUUAUAUUUGAAUGAAAAAAAUCACAGCUAAAAAUGGAAAGAGUAUUAAAUAUUGGACUUCUGCUGUUUUCAGAUUACUAUCUUUGUCAUUUGGAGGAGACUAGACUCUUGGCAUCAAGUAAUUUAUUUAAUGAUGCUUUCAAACCCUGCCAGAAAACUACCUCAUAAGUUUCAGUUUAUGGACAAACUACGCAUAACAGAUGCAGACUCAUUUGUUGAAGCUUGAGUCUUCCUCCCCAAAUACAUGUAAAGCAAUUACAAAUUUUAGACAAAAGGUAUGGGGUUGGCUUACAACAGAAAGAUCCCAAGAACAAAUAUGAAUUAGAAGUGUGUGUGUGUGUGUGUGUGUGUGUGUAUAAACCUAACAAAUAAAUCUGCGUGUUCUUCUCUUGAGCUUUCAUUACACUAGUGGGGAAGCUCUGGCCCUAAUAAGGCAUGGCAGGCCUCUCCAUUCGGCCUGCAAGGCCUUUGGGGCUAGCCACCUGCCCAUCACCUGAUGUCAUAUGGCAGGCAUCCCUAAACUUGACCCUCCAGCUGUUUUGGGACUACUACUCCCAUCAUCCCUAGCUAACAGGACCAUUGGUCAGGGAUGAUGGGAAUUGUAGUUCCAAAACAGCUGGAGGGCCAAGUUCGGGGAUGCCUGUCAUAUGAUGUCAAACAUGGGAUUGGUAAAGCUGCAGUUUCAAAGGUUUGGGAAUGCACUCUAAACCUUAGAAUCUGCUGCUAAUAGCACCACAAUAGACCCAUGGCUGCCAAGGAAAUAUUGGGAAUGUGUGACUGUUUAUUUGCACCUAUGCAUUUAAUUCAAUAUUGUUUGAAUUUGGUGUUUUGCCCUGUUGCACCUUUUUCAACAUGGAAAGGCACUGGAUUCAUAGAGCACUGAAUUCAAGCCACUGUGUAUUGGCAGUUCAAAUAAUGUAUUGGAUAUGGUCAGAGGGGUAACUCCUGAUAUCUCAAACAACCCCUGAAAAAUAGUAAAUAAUUGACUUGUGCUCACCCCACUGCCGCUCCCCACCCCACCUGUUUGUAGUUCUUGUGAAACAUGUCAAGCAGAAACCUACUCAUCUACCUUUUCAUUUUGCCAGAUAUAUGUGAAGCUCAUUCAUUUUCCUGCAGGAGAGAAACAGAAGUUUCCACUUUGCAUGUUAUACAAAGGGAAGACAGUGUGAAUUUCAUAUUAUCUGUUGGUGCUAGUUUGUUACAUUAUUGCUACCCUAAAAGGCAAUGGGCGGUAUCCAACUAAACAAGGGUGCUUAGCAGUGCAGUGGAAUUUCCUUGUCCUCUCUUCUACCCACACUGCACUGCAGAUCCUGUAAAUCUCUUCUGGUGGAUUCCCCAAUCCUCUGGGGCAGAUUUACUCAGUGUGUAGAAAGAGGAAAGGGGUUCCACUGCACAGCCAAAGGUCCUUGUAUAAGUGGAACUAUUUAGUUUGCUAUCACCCAAUGUAUCUGCACAAAGAUACAGUGGUACCUCGGGUUACACAUGCUUCAGGUUACAUACACGUCAGGUUACAGACUCUGCUAACCCAGAAAUAGUACCUCGGGUUAAGAACUUUGCUUCAGAAUGAGAAGAGAAAUCAGGCUCCGGCGGCGCAGCAGCAGAAGGCCCCAUUAGCUAAAGUGGUGCUUCAGGUUAAGAACAGUUUCAGGUUAAGAACGGACCUCCAGAACGAAUUAAGUACUUAACCCUAGGUACCACUGUAGUAUCAAGUUUUGUGCAUAUAAUCUGGCAUACUUUCUUAGUCACAAUGUGCAUUUUAACUGUGACUUCUGUAGAGCUUUAUCUCUCUCCACUGAAUUCUGGAUCAAGCCCCCAUAGUGUCGUUAUCAGCUGCAAUCAGCAGCUUUACACUAAUCAUUUGUAAUCACUAGUUUUUGCUCCUGAUGAUAAAUAUUCUUUUUUAAAAAACAAAAAACAAAACAUUCUGAAUUACCCUGACCAACACUUUAUUUUCCUCCAUUUUCUCUCCAGGAGUCACAACUGUGCUAACAAUGACAACGUUAAGCAUCAGUGCUCGAAAUUCACUGCCCAAAGUAGCCUAUGCCACAGCUAUGGACUGGUUUAUUGCUGUUUGUUAUGCAUUUGUAUUCUCUGCCUUGAUAGAAUUUGCCACUGUAAAUUACUUCACAAAAAGAGGAUGGGCGUGGGAUGGGAAAAGCGUAGUCAACGAUAAGGUGAGUGAUAAAGAAACGUGCUUAAAGUUCCUUCCAAUUCUAAGAAAUCAAUUUAGUAGCAUCUACAGCUGAUAGCUUUCUAUUACGGAAAAAUAAUUGAAGUCUUAAAACCAAUAUAAAGGCAGAGCAGAUUGACGCAGGAGAGGAAAGGAAAAGAUGCUGACAGUUUGAGCACACACUUCAGCAGAAAUUAAAUUGUACAUAUGGAGUCUCCUCCAUCUGCUUCAUCUUAGAGAAACAAAUAUUGUCCCAAGGCUGCCUACAAAUUAAACAAUAGCCCAUUUAUGCCUGUUAAAUAUCCAAAAUAAUCUUAGGCAGCAUUUCAUUAUCUUCGUCAGUUUGUUGCGCGAAAAUGAAUGAGGCCAAAGCUACUUUCCUAUGACGAACCUUAAUCAGGAUUUUUUUUUAAAAUAAUAUUUAUUGAGAAUUUAAAAUUACAAAGAAAGAAAGGAAGAAACAAGAGAAAAAGAAAAAGAAAGAAAAAGGUAGACAGAAAUAGCAAUUGAACAAUACAAGUCAAUAAAAACCAAAAUCAAAGGGAAAAAACCACACAAUACAUCAAAAUCAAAAAACAAAAAUAAACAAAAAAUUAAAAAACAAAUCCAAUAUUCCCAAAUCCUUAUCUUUCAUUAACUUGUUUCAUCGACCUCCUCGCACCUCCCUUUUUUGUAUUCUAGUUAUUAAUUAUCUCAGCAAAUCCUUUCCAUCUUUCACAAUAUUCUGUCAUUAAAUUACCUUAAUCUAUUUUAACCUUAUCUUACCAUAAAAACCCUAAAGCUUAAAACUUAAGUCUUAUUUAUACCUAAUUCUUUUAAGCAUAACAUAUUCUUACAUAAUUCUUUUUAACAUUUCUACUAAAGCCAAAUAAUUUCAUUCCAACAUUUUUCUAAUACUCAUUAAUUUUACAAUGAUUUUCUAAAUGAAUUUUUAAAACUUUCUUCCAAUCUUCAUCCAUCGUCUCUUCUUCCUGGUCUCAGGUUUUGUCAGUCCUUUCUAUCCCAUCCAUCUAGUCCAUCAACCUGGUGACCUUCUAUCCGAGGCUCUUAAGUCUUUUCCAUGUCCCUUCCACAGGUCUUCUUCAUGCUUAUACCUGUACUUUACUUUAUCUUCUGCUGAUCUUAUUCUUAAUUUCCUUCCUUUCUCUCGGGGAGACUCCAACUUGACAAUAUCUUUGUCCCUUCUCGACAAGUCAGCCCAUUCUCCAUAGUCGACACUGAAAUCCAUAUGAUAUUUAAAGGCAUGUUUCAAAAUCCCUCCAAAGUUAAAGGCCCCCAUAACUCCAAACUCCCCCUGGCCCAAAGCCAAAUUCGAAAGGUCGAAACAUCCCUGCAUAGGGGGAUCUAUCCAGCUUCCCAUCUCCAAUCCAAACAGAACUCCAUCUCUCCAAAUCUGACUUUCUCCAGGUUCAUUCGUCAAAUCCAACAACUUAUGUUCCUGCAGGGCCGCAGCUCUCUCCAUUUCUGCUACUUGAGGUUCAGCAACAACCUCCUCCUUUAUCUUCUUCACCACUUGAUCUGUCAAAGCACAUUCCUGGAUUAAUUCCUGAAUGGGUUCUAUAUAGGUAUUCACUGUUUGUCCAAAAUUUCCGACUGCAACAGUCAUCAAAUCCAUCUUCUCAUGUAGCUGUUCCAGUAAAGCGCUUGUCUUGCAAAGAGCAAGCACUAAAGCUUCUUCUGGGCACAUUCUUGUUCAAGGUCAAAGUCUGGUCCCACGAUCUUUAAUCUCUACAGCUGCAAAGCUCCCCAGAGUGACUCUAAUAACAGUUUCACAAGCUCCCUCUAGGGGAAACAAUUUCUAUUUGUAUCCGUCUUUUUAAAAGCAGAUCUAGCAACAAAGUUCCUUUCCUUUUUCGGAUAUUUUGUUCCUUUUAAAUGCAAAAGGGAACAUUGGAAUCAAUAUGUUCCUCUUUUUUAACUAUCUGUCAAAACGUUUUGUCCAGAGUCAAUGAACUUCCCCAAAGCAUCUGUCCUGACACCCCGCUCCCAGGUUCAAGACAGUGGAAAUUUAUCUUUCUUUACUCUCUCUUCUGUAGGUUUAAACAGUCUAAAAAGAUUCCCCCCUCUUCUCCUGCUUCCAAGGGGGGGUUAGUAAUUUUAACUGAUGGAAAUUUAAUCCUUUACAAAUGACUUUCCAGACUCUAGCUUGCAAUGUCUUUGCUUCAAUCUAUUUACAAAAGCGGAAGGCGGACUUCCUGUUUAGACCUUCCCGCUUCGGUGCCAAAUUAAGAAAUUUCAUAGUCCAGACUAAGACUUCCGGGUUAGCGCCUCUGGCAAUGGUGGAUUUCCUCUGAUCGGGAGGAAUCCGCUUCGUGAGAAUUAGGGUCUGGACCGCCGCAGCGAGGCGGAGACCCACUAAAAACCACAGGCGGGAGAAGCCUGUGGACGUGGGAUUCGGCUGGCACCUUUCGCGCCUCCCCUACUCGCGGGGAAACCCGGUCUCGGGGAUUCGGAGCAACGUGGGGUGAAUGGCGCGGUGCUUCGAAUACACUUCUCUUUUCACGGAGUGAAGCCGCAUUGCUGUUGCCGGAGAGCGCUGACUUUUUCCUGUGGACAAUUGGAUUUUAAACAACUGCCCGUGAGUAGAACGGAAAAUUGGACUAUGAAAUUUCUUAAUUUCGAACCUUAAUCAGGAUUAAUGAAACCCCACACUUCAUAUUUCAGUCCCACAUUUAUGCUGUUGUGUGAGAAACCUGGCACUUGCUGUUUUAGCUUAAACACUUCUUUGGUGUGUUUGGUUCUUUUUUAUAAAAAUAAAUAAAAAUAAAUGUUAUUUCUGAAAACUGCACCAAGAGAGAUUUUUUUUUGCCCUGAAAAGCUGCAUAAAAAUAUCAAAAUAAUUAGUUCACAUUGGAGCUAGUUUCAAACCAGUUAGUGGUAGAAAGUCAGCAAUUUUACUCUUAUUUUACUCCAUUUUAAUCUGCAAAGCUGCAUUAAACCCUACUUAAGAGACCUGCUCCAGCUCCCCAUUUGGAACUUUUCACUUCACCACAGAAAAUAGGGAUCUUCUUCAUGGGGGCUAUUUUUCCCUGUGCGACACAAAUAAAUAAUGUAUUUAUUAUAGUUGUUUACCAUACUUCUCCCAGAAGCUAGGGCAAUGUAAUGUGAAUAUUCUGUGGGGCAGAGAUAGGGGCCUAUAGUCAUCCUUUUCUUCAACUCUCAGAGCUGAAGGCAGGACUUUGCCCAAUAUGUUCUAAUCACCACACCAACCAGGUAAAGGGUGUGUGUGUGUUUGUUUUUGUUGUUGUUGUUUUGCCAACUUGUUGCUCAACCUGCUAGUUUGCUACAUACAUGUCUCAUGUGAAAGUAGAACUUGCGUGUAGAUUAAAUUUGCAGGCUUAAGGAAUUGUACUGAACAUCAGAGAAGUUCUAAGGUUAGGAACAUCACAAAGGUCUUUUGGAUGUGUCCCAUAAUACCCAUGGAUCACAACAGAUGGAAAUUGGAAAUCUUCAUUGGAUAUUUUGGAAGAUGUAUUAGCAUUUAAAGCAGCAACUCAACUGUUGGAGACAAGAGAUAUUUUUUAUUGGGGAUGGUUCCUCCCCCCAGCCCUACAUAGCCUUAUGUUUGAGCAUAAGUACUAGCUCACUAAAAUCUUUUGGGCGGGAGGAGAUUCUGAAGUUUCCAAAGGAACUGGAACAUUUUGAGAACAUAUGUUAUUUACUGUGCAGUCAGAUUCCUUGCAACAUCUGUCUCCCUCCUAAGCCUAUUAGGAUUUUGCAUCACUUAUACAAGGCAUCAUUUUCUAUUCUGUCCUGUAUUUGUCAGUGGCAACUUGCCGAUUUUAUCAAUUGAUUCUGUAGAUGUGUAUUAUUUGUGUGUUGGGGAGAAGAGAAAGAUUGGAAAGAUUACCAAGAGGCUUGCUGAAUCUAGGCACACAUUGCAGCCGAUGUGGGAAUUACACAUGCUCCACAUUAUUAGAGCUAACACCUGAGAUUAGAGUUGCUAUGUAUCAACAAGACCUGAAGGUAUGCUAAGGUACUCUAAGAAGGCAGGUGAAAUUUGCAUGUUUCCCCACUCAGCUAUACAUUUGCACAGAGGAAAGAGAGAGCCUCGUCAAAAUAAUUCCAGUUUCCGCAAAACCUGCUUUCAUGUAUGCAUUGGGCGAGAUUUUCAGAGGAAAACAACUACCAGGAAAACAACUACCAGACUUUUAGAAGACAUCUGAAGGCGGCCCUGUUUAGGGAAGCUUUUAAUGUUUAAUAGAUUAUUGUAUUUUAAUAUUCUGUUGGAAGCCGCCCAGAGUGGCUGGGGAAACCCAGCCAGAUGGGCGGGAUAUAAAUAAAUUAUUAUUAUUAUUAUUAUUAUUAUUAUUAUUAUUAUUAUUAUUAUCAUUAUUAUUGUCUGUGCAAUGCUGCAGUGUAUACAUGCCCCUGAAAAGGAGCUUACAGUAUUUCAUACACCCAGGGGGAGGGGGAGGACUCAAGCAAGGGUAAGUAAAACUACUAGCCAUCAUUGUGACAUAAUGCAAGCACCAUGAUUGGGUAAUCAAAUGCCAUUUUUGUUCCCCCACAGAAAAAAGAAAAGGCAUCGGUUAUUAAGAAAAACAACGCCUAUGCAGUGGCAGUUGCCAAUUAUGCACCAAAUAUCACGAAGGACUCUGUUCUCCCGACAAUCUCCAAGAGCGCUACCACAACAGAACCCAACAAAGCCAAGCCAGAAGCCAAGCCACAGGAAGCAAAGAAAACCUUCAACAGUGUUAGUAAAAUCGACAGGAUGUCGAGAAUAGUUUUUCCAGUCUUAUUUGGUACUUUCAACCUAGUGUACUGGGCAACAUAUCUAAACAGGGAACCUGUCUUACAUGGGUUUUAGGAGCAAACCUUAACUUUAUGCUGAGGGCGUAUAACAUCAUUAUAAUCAGAUUGUUUUCCUAUGUACAGUACGACUAAUAACUGCUAACCCGUGAACCGAGAUGUACAGAAUGUAUAUAGGUAUCAUGUCCAUUUAUCUCCAAAGGAGGUGCACAGAGUUUAUUCAUGGGAUCUGUAAACAGAUGGCACCCAUGGCAAAUAUAGCCCGCUCUCCUAUCCGUGUGAGUUCUCCUAAACUGGUAUUCAAAUAAUGCUGAAUUAUAUCCAUACAACCGCAUAUGGUCCUACAUAACUAUUUAGUAACACUAUUUUUUUAAUUUAAAGUUUAAGAUAUUUUUCUAUAAAAUGACUGAUUCUACUUUAAUGCAAAGAAACUAUCAUUUAAAAGAGAAGGGUUUUUUUAUAAGAAGUAACCUUAAUUUCUUACGGUAGCAGUGCCCAUGUAAAUAUUACAGGUGUGUGGUGAGCUCAAGUAUUCUCUUAUUCGCAACCAUUAUGAAUGCAAGAUAUAUGUAAAGGCUAUUGGAAUGUCAGGGUUAAGCACCUCUUUACUUUUGAGUCAAGCGCUGAAGUUGCUGAUUAACAGUUAGAUCUGUGGUAUGGUCAGCACUCUGCCCCUGAAGCAAAAGGAUUGGGUGCUUGGGCAGGUCUCACAAGAAAAGAAAAGUUUCCAGCCUAGCCCCAAAGCUGGAUUCAUAUCAAUCAUUGUAGCAAAAGUGUUUUUUCUUUCUUUCUGUCCAGUGCUAAAGUGUUUUAUAAAAGCAGUUGUGCAAUGUGGGGGGAGGGAUAUCGGGGGCAAGGGAAUUGAUGCUGAGCCAACCUCUCCGUGCCACACUGUGGUAGAAGUUGACAACAUACUUUUUAAAAAAUAAAAAAGUGAUGAUACACCAAAGUAAACAACACAAACCUGCUUGCUCCUAGUGAAAAACAUUGGCCAAUAUUCAUUCAGUCCUUAAUAGUUCUUCUAGCUGUUAACAGCUCCCUGAUGUGGGCCCAGGAGGGGUGGGUCAUAUGGCUCUUUUUCAAUAUGAAAAAAAAGAAUCAUAUGAAAAAAACAUGAUUAGGGGCAGUGUUAAUUAAUAACAGUGACUUCAUACAUUAUUUUCUUGGCUCAUCACAGAUGUUUUCUAUGGUGAGCUUUACAGGCACUUCCUUACAUAGCAUUGCAUGGGCUGUUUUGGCUCUGAUAUAUUCAGGUAGAUAUAGAAAGAAAGGGAUGCUUGUCUGGCAAGUGGUACAGAACAAUCAAAGUAGGGUAUUUCUUUUUUGCUGCAGUUGCACUUACUCCCAGAACUUACUCCCAAAUAAACAUUCAGGGUCAGGGGUGUAAAUAGUGCACAGUAAGGUGAGAUCAGGUAUUAGAGUUGUUGUUUUGUAAUUCGUUGAUAUGCAGAAGGAGAGCUAGUCUCCUAAAUAAAUGGUAAACUCUGGAUCUUUCAGAUGAGCAGUCCUAGGGCUGGUUCACAUGUUACUACACUUGGUUGCUGUGCAGUUGACUACUUGCAGCUGAAUGUACAAAUGGAAUCCAUUGAUUCAAAGCUUGCCCACCUACAUGCAGAAGCUGUCUUCUGCUCAUGGAGGGGCUGUUUGGCACUGUGCUCCGGAGCGUCGUAUGAGAAAAGCAAAACUGGACCCAAAUACGUUCUUCCAUUUGUGCAAGCUCUUGUAGUAGCAGAAACUUGAAAGCUGCUAUAAAACCUACCUGUUGGUGGCACUAGGAAAAUAACUGUGCAAACAUUUGCAGGUUAACACAAGUGAGAGCUUAUCUAAAUUUACCUUUCCUCCACUGCUGUUUGUUGCACUCAGCUUUAAAGAGCGGAUUUAUGCUCCGGGGCGGUGGAAAAGAGCUCUCAGACAUGAAACUUUAAAGCAUGGAACUGUCCCUGGAAAGGGCAGGGCAAAAGUUGUGUGGAUAAGCCCCGGCUGUUUUAAUUCUGCUUGUGGGUCUUUGGAUUCGAUCUGUUUGUUUGAGGCGAUAGUGAGAAAUGUUAUAGCUGUGUUUUAUAUCGGCAGUGCCCGUGCAUUCACAAAGGCAAGUCAUUCAUCCAGAUGUGCUCCCGCAAAAAAUUCCAGGGACCCAAUACAGAUGGGAACAUGUUUUUGCAAAUGGUUCAAUUUGCUCUUUGAAAUCUCACAAAGAGCAACAUUCUGGAUUCUUAGCUGUAGGUUUACAAGGUUACCUAGUAACAUAUUGCACAUAGUAGCCAUUCACAAGACAAUUUUAAGUAUUAAUCCCGUCUUGUGAAUUGAAACUUUUAUAAAUUAAAGAGAAGAAGAAAAAGCCAAAUGUCCAGAAAAAAAGCUUUCAGAUACUCUUCAGGGUUUAAGCAUAUUGGUAAUAUAAAACUUCUGUGUACAAGUUUUCUGAAGUACAGUUUCCAUGAAAUCUGCCUUAAAAGGUUAACUUCGUGUAUCCAUAGCAGCCACUGGAAACCGUUCUUUGGGAUUUCGUUUUCAUGAGGGGGUCCUCAUGAUUAAAGAUUAUUGCUGCUUUUGUAAAUUGCAAGCUUACACUUUGCUGGCAUAAAUUUACAAUGACUUUAUAUAUUAGAAAUAAUUUUGCUAAGAGGAGGUCUUUUUUUUUAAGAAAAGAAAAUCCAGUGCAUCAUCAAUACUUAAAUGCAAACGGAAACAAAACUGGAGCCUCUGUUUGCAAAUUUUGUAUAAUAUUUAAUAUUGAUCCAUUAACUAUUUCUCAUGAAACCUUUGCAAAUAUUCCUUAUAACCACCCCCAAAAGGCCCUGUAAAUCAUACUACCAUAAAUAAUUGUGUACUGUAUUUAGAUUUUAAUAAUACAUUUGGCCAGUCAAAGGUAUUUUGAUUCACGUACAUAUUAGCAGUUAUUAGUUGACCUUAAAAAAAGAUCCACCUUUCUGAUGGUGUCUUUAUAGUAGAAGCAUAUGUAGUCGUAUAGUGUCAUUUAUUGCAGUUUUGUACAGUACUUGAGUAUAGUGCAUAACUAGAUAUUGCAAAGUUUAACAACACUGUUUAAAUAUUUCUAAAACAAUUUUAAAUUACCUUAAGAGGUGGAAACACACAUGCACAAAAUCAAACGAUAUUUCCAUUUGCUGUUUUAUUUUCUGUAUUGUUUCAUUUUCCUUUAACGUGGUUAUGGUCUUUACUCUGCAUGAGAAAUAUUGAUGGCAAGGUCACAAAUGCAUUUUAUUGGUUAGAACAUUGAGGUAAAAUAGAUCUUCUGAGAUUAAUAGUUCCAUCCUUUACAUGUAAACUCAGAAGUAACCCCACUGAGUUCAGCAGGACUUACUCCAAAGGUGACCAUGUGUAGGGUUGCAGCCAAAAUCAGGUAAGAUACUUAACACAAUGAGAAUAGGUUGAAAGGAUAGAACAUUACCUUCCCCAUAAUGUAUACAUUUGAUCCCCUCUAAUCAAUUCAUCCUCUUCAGUAACAGUAGUUGGGGAAAAUGAGCACUUUAUUUGAAACAUUAAAAUAGAAAAAAAAUCCUUAUUUUCAUACCUAUUUAUAUAUAACGUAGAUCUGUGUAGUACAGAAAUGUGUGAUAAAGUUGUGCAAGGUUUGAAGGCAAGCAAUAAAAAAAAGUUAUUCAUGGUACAGUUAUACAUAUCUUUAAAAAAUGUUUUAUUUGUAAAAUAUAAAUAUACCCUUUGAUGCUACAUUUUCCAGGUACAAAUAAAUAUAUAAAUAUGUACAUAUGUAAAGCACUUGUAAAUACUAGUAAUAUAGACAAUUUUAUUCAAUUUUAUCUUUGAUUUUGGCAAAGGGCUCUGACAGCAUGACUUUAAAGCAAGGCCCAUCUCAUCAGUUCUUGUCCUGUUUAAACAUUACAUUCUUGGGAGAAUUCUCAAUCUGUAUUAAUAUCAGGCAUAUACAAGCCCACUGCUGCUUGUCGGGGGAAGAAAAUAACUACCAUAUUUUGUUGGCUGUGACACCUCUCUUUUUGGCUACCCAAUUCAGAUUUCAUUCCAAGGGUGGACCAGGUGGUUAGAGACACGAUUUACCCAAGUAAUAUGAUAACAGUUCAGUUCAUUUGUUGCUUUCUUCCCACUACAAAGAGCACAGGAGAUCCAGAGUUUGUGGUCAGUGGGUUGUGAGAGCACCCAGGAAUGUAAUAAUUGGAGCUUUGUUGCUGGUGUGCAGUGUGCAAGCUCUUUUAUUGCCAAACGCUAUGUGCUUUCAAUCUCUUUAAUUACCAUGGGAGCUGACAGCUCUCAGUACCGCAUAGGACUGGGCCUUGAAAUAAGGAGGCCAAUGACUAUAUUUUACAUCCUACAUGUUUCAUGUAAUCGAGGUGGACAGCUGAGAUGUUUUUCUCUUAAACAGUAUAAAAUCAGAACUUUGUCUUCUAGAAAUUGGCAGAGGGAUGAGUUUAGCAUUGGUUACUCAGUAAGGCACAUGUUCUUAAGGAACAGAGGACCCAUAAAAAACCCUACAGAAUCAAGUAGGUUUCUCCUGUUCUUCCUUUGGAUCAGUGUUAAUAUACAUGCAAAAUGCAAUUCCUAUUUAUGAAUAACCGUUCGUUUUGCAAAUUCAGUCUGCACAAAGGGACCUAUCUUUGCCCUGUUGCAGUUGUCAGAACUGUUGGAAACAGGCAGAAGUCAAAGCUAGGAAUGUUGACUUAAACAGAACUAUUUAAUACAGUCUGUCAUAUGUCUGAACACUUAAGUAUACAAUCCUAUGCACAUUUAGCUGGAACUGUAAGCCCGUUUGAACAUCAUGGAACUUAUUUCCAAGAAAACAUGCAUAAAAAAAUUGAGCUAAAUGUGACUGUUUAUUGCAAACAUUUAUUUUUAUUUAAGGCAUUCACACACUACCUAUUCAUUAGCAUUUCUAAACAGGACACAGUAUUUAAAAACAAACCAGACAGAGAAUAAAACCAUGAACAUCCAUCAUUAAACAGAACAUAAAUUCAAAUAUCACAUUUAAAAGCUUCCUGGAAUAAGGAAGUCUUUGUCAUGCACCUAAAGUUCAGCAAGGUGAGGGCCCUCUCUAAUUGUAAAUUGGGAGGGAGUUGGGCCCACAACAAUGAGUGCACAGCUUCUAGUAGUUACAAGCUGUCUGUCUGAGCCAUGAAGGACCACCAACAGAGACUCUCCCCAAGAUCCCUUGUGAUUGGGCAGGGAUAUAAAGGAUCAUCUGGUCCUUAAGAUAUCCUGGACCCAAGUUGUUAAGGACCUUGUAAAUUCGAGCCUGGAACCUGGCCUGGUAACACACGGGCAGCCAGUGCUGUAGUAUGUCCCCAUCAGUGGUAGUAGUUUACAUCUACACUAAUAAUAAUAAUAAUAAACACUAUAGAAUAUUAGUAGAUUCACUGCAAAGGCACAAACCAUAGCUUUGCUUAUACCCAGGGGUCAGCAAACUUUUUCAGCAGGGGGCCGGUCCACUGUCUCUCAGACCUUGUGGGGGGCCGGACUAUGGGGGGGGGAAUGAAUGAAUUCCUAUGUCCCACAAAUAACCCAGAGAUGCAUUUUAAAUAAAAGGACACAUUCUACUCAUGUAAAAACACGCUGAGUCCCGGAACAUCCACGGGAUGGAUUUAGAAGGCGAUUGGGCCCCUGGGCCUUAGUUUGCCUACCCAUGCUUAUACCCAUCCCAUUCCUACUUAAAUAGAUGAGGCGGUAAUUGUUACGUUGUUUUUAGCAAAAGCAUACCUCACGGAAAAAUUAAUGCCUCCAAAUCCAACAAUAAUACCCUGAUUCUCAAGUUAUGGGUAGCUGUAGUGGUGGCCCAGUGCUGGCUGCAACUACAGAGCUACAGCUAUGUCCUGCACAGAGCAAAUGAUGUCAGUCUGUCCGGUGCUGAUGCUUGUGAACUGUGACUGCAUUCCAAUAGGAUAUAGAUAAGGACAGUUGCACUCAUAUGGAUGGCACUGUGUCCAGCACUUUCUAAAUGUAUGUUAAGUAGUAAUUUUGGUGGUUAUAUCACUAGCUCCUAGCUAAUUAGUUCUCCCCUCCCUUUUCAUACCUUUGCAGCCAUUCUCAAAAGCAUUAUAAUGCUUUUUUGGGGGGGGGGGGGUUGUGUGUGUGUGUGUGUGUGUGUGUGUGUGUUUGAGAGAGAGAGAGUUGGAGAUUGCAUGAUAGAACCAUUCUUGCCUGUGGUAUACUUCGUUUCAUUUUGAUCGCUAUCGUCUCGAUCAAACAAGUUUUUGCAUAUUUUCGAAACACCGAAAGAAACAUGUGAACACAGAUGAUAGCAGGUGAAUAUGCACACUUAGUAUGCAAUGAAAGUAAUAUUAGUUCACCUUCAGGUGUGAGGAGUGGUGAAUCUCCUAUCAUCUGCUUCCAGCCUUACUAGCUUUCUGUGAUAAAACUCUCUUCUAUAUCUGGCAGUGCCACAUGGAUCAGUUUCAACUGACCAUGACCAUGCUGGGUCAGGGCCCCCUCCCCCCAAAAAACAUUGUUCUGGCACAGGGAUCAUAAUGGGUUUUUCUGACUGCUGCUAGGUUCGCUUGCUUGCCUGUGUAGCAAUGCAUAGGAUCUAGCCUGCCUCCUAGUUUUUCAUAUGAAAAUGAUUUUAACUAUUUUCUACCCAUUGUCAUUAUUUUCUGGUUAUUAUUUUAAAAUGAUUAGCGGUAUCAAUUUUAAGUGGCCUCUGUUUAAUUGAGCAUGAAAUUCAAGUUAUAAAUGCACUCUUAAAUAGACGUACUGUUUAUUUUCCUUGGCAGCCUUUUAUCUUCCCCCAGUAUUUAGCCUAAAGUUUCAACCCUAAACAGAAAAAAAUAAGUCUCCUAGAUCAGGCAUAGGCAAACUCGGCCCUCCGGAUCUUUUGGGACUACAACUCCCAUCAUCCCUAGCUAACAGGACUAGUGGUCAGGGGUGAUGGGAAUUGUAGUCUCAAAACAUCUGGAGGGCCGAGUUUGCCUCUGCCUGCUCCUAGAUCCAAAGGUUAGGGACUUUAGAUGGGCAAUAUGUCGUAGUAGCAAUGACCAGUCCCUCUGUGUUGUUGUCCAUCAUUAGUUAAUCUUCUUGAAUUUGUGCCUAGUAAUCCAAAGAAUUAAUGCAAUAUGGGUGCUUGUAUUGCUCUGAUUUUGAGGCAAACACAAUGAGCUUAUGGUGGUCUGUCUUUGCCACAGUAGCAUUGAUAGUUGUUGCAAUGACUGCUAGGCCCCGUGUUUCCAAAACCUGUGUCUGGUUUGCUAGGCUGGGCUUCCUGCACUGCUGAGGAAUCCUAUCAGCACAGCUGGAUCGUGGGUCACACUCGAUGCUAACAUUUACAAUUGGAUACAAAAUAAUUCUGUAUUGGCAAUUGGAUCAGUAGCAUUGAGGCUCCAAUGAAGGAAUUAAGAAUGACUUCAGUGGGAGCAUUGCACUGCGUAGCACUAAGUCACAAAGACUAUGGUAAGUGUUAGCAGGCAGUUGAAAAUUUUAUUAGCCACUUAGAAAGAUAAGGAGCUGCCUUAUGUUGAGUAAUCAAAACCAUUAUUAUCUACACAGACUUGGCAGAAGCUCUCCAGGGUUUCACCUUACCUGGAGUUGUCUGGGAUUGAGCCUGGAACCUUAGAGGUGCUCUAACACUGAGCCAUGACUCUGAUCUGUUUUAUUUUCUGUUUUCAGAGGAUUCCUUGUCCAGGUGCUUGGUGUCAAUUCUUCUUGUGCAAACUGCACACUUUUAGGAUUGCAUCCAAAAGGACAGUCUAGAUAUAAAGCCUUGUUUGUAUGUGCAGGCCAUCUUUGCUGCAUCGGUACACAAUUGUGAGUUGGAUCAGAGUGUAAGUGAGGGGAGGGGAGAAGGAAAAACGUGAGAGUUAAUAUAGGGAACCUUUAAUGGGAGAAUCUGAAAAUGUAGGUGAUCUAGGAGUUACAGGGAGCUAGGAUAGUGUUCAGUAGAUUAACCAUCAAGGAAGAGACUGAUUUGUGUGCUUUUCUAAGCACAUAAAAAGAAGUACAAUGUGGUCUUUGGGUUUCUUUAGAGUAGAUAGAAAGUGAACCUAUUUUGUGUCUUGACUCAUUAUUCUUUAGCUUGGCACAUAAUUUAAUUCCUUAAUGCAAUGUAUGGUACAUAUUAUAAUUUUUGUUGGGUGCAAUCUUUUUCUGAUAACAGAAAGAGAAAGUGAAAAUGCCGCAGCUGCUACAACUUUAGCUUGUUUGCAGUUAAGCUUUCUCCCCCGAAACUUCUAUUUCAUUUUUACCAGAACAAAUAUUAAGUCCAAAUCUGGGAAAAAGAAGUCAAACUCAUAAGACAAGAUAUACUAAAAUUAAAUAAAAAAUCCUAAUGUACUUGCUGCAAUUUCAGAAUUAGCAGACUCCUAAAUUAUCUCAGGUUGCAUGAAAUUUUGCCUUGUGCAGAGAGAAUUUUAGUUAUCAUUUGGGGGGGGGGAGCAAAUGUUGUCCUGUCCAACACUUAAAUAAAAACUGCUUAGUGGGUUUGUGGUGCUCCUCUGCUAGUUGAAAAAAUGCAACCCCUUGCAACAAUAGAAUAGUGGCAGUUCUACUUGUUGAAUUUUGCAUCUGUGUUGAAAAGGUUGCAGGGAGAAAUUGUUGGAUGUGGUGGUACCUUUGGUGAGAACUUCGCAUGGAUUUCAUUAGGUUCAACUAUAUUGAUCAAUAGCAAAUGAAACUUAAUUUAAAUUUUAAUAGCUGGUCAAAGGCUAGAGUUAGCAGUUCUUGAUGCAAAGUAGUCUCUGUGUCUUCAACAUCUGUAUGGCAAUUAAAGUCUUGUCUGGAACAGCUGCUGCUGUGAUGAUUGCAGAAUCCACUAUUCUGAAUCAUAGUUCUGCAGCGAUGCCAUCAAUUCAGGACUUUGGGGCCGACAUCCAGUGUCAACUCAGCAGAAUGAUUAGAAGGGCCUCAAAGAGCAGCAGGGCUGGUGAACAACAUUUUGAAGUGACCCCCGUCAAGUCCAGAAUCUAACAUUGCCUAAUUGCACUACACACACACACACAGACACAGACACACACCGUCUUUACAUUGUUAAAUGAGUACACCUAAAUGUACACCUCAAAAUAUAAGGUGUUAUUGUGGAAAAUAAAUAUCUGAAAAUAUGUGUUCUAUAUAGGUAUGCCUGUUAGAGCAGAGACUGGCAACUGUCUCUGCUGAGUGUUCCCUAGGUGAGAGACCCAGGUUUAUUACUGUGUUAUGUAUGAAAUGGCCCUCUGGCUACACAGAGCACUCCCUGCAGAACACAACACUGCUAUACUAAGGCAGUCGAAAACUGUGCUCUUUGUGAUGGAAAUGGGUAGUUGACAUGAUUCUGGACUGAGAGAUUUAAUGGAUAUAGCUUUUAUAAGAGAGUGAAGCAGGGUUACUGUUUAAUCUGAAUUUGAGUGGGAAAUUGUGAAAUUCUUUAAUGGGAGGAAUGUCAUGAAUGAAUAAACAAGGUCUUGUUUUCUUUUGCAGAAAAGUAAAAUGAGUAGUUGCUGGCCGUUGAUUGUUGUAUGUUUACUUGAGAAAAGAAGAAUGUACUUGAGAGAAACUGUUAAUUGGAGUCCUCAGAAAAGGGCAUCUACUUAUUGAAACAUGUAGAGCAUUUUCUCUCAGAAGCCUUAUAAUAGCUGCAAACCAGACCACAUUUACUUUAGAGUAAUCCUGUUUAAAGAAAUGGGGUUUUGCCACUGUAAGUGGCUUGUGGAUCUGGCCAAUGUGUCUUCCAUUGGAACACUAUUAAUUUGAAAUUAAUGAUGUUCCAGUUUCUUAAAGUAUCCUUUUGGUUCAUUUAUCUUAUUUUUCCAUACGUUGUUGACUCUAAACCCAGAUAUCUGAUCAACAGAAAAUUAUUUUACAACCGGAUUUUUAAGAACCUGAAUCUAGGCAGUUUUGAGUUAUUGGAGCUAGCCAGGAUUUAGGAAACAUGAAAAUUAAAGUUGCUGUUGGCUAGAGUAAAAUCCACAAGGAAAACUACUUCUUCAAAUGAUUUACCACAUCUGUGUGGGUAGACAAACCCAACUGUGCUAUAAAUGGUUGCUGAUGGGGUUAGCUACCCAUGUGUAGGUGAAUCCAUGCUAAAAUCGUAUUUUUUAUAGAAAGAAGGGUCUAUUUAACUAAAUGGAAUACUUAUGAAUAAAUACGUACAGACUUGGUGUGAAAGUCUUGCUGGUUUCAGUGAAACUUAGGGCUGAUUUACACAUACACGUGAUCAUUCUGCAUCUGAGGUGUCAUUUAAACAGUCCAUUCAGACUGUGGGAAGUGCUUUUCCACAGAUCCCUCAUACAGUGCUACUGUAAUGUUUAAAGGCCUACAAGGUUAUGGAAAUGGCCAGAUAUGUUCGUCUUUCUUAUGGAAUUAGAACUCUGCCAGAAAAUCAGUGCUCCUUGUAACUUUUAAAGAGCACUUGAAAAGCACUGUGUUUCCUGUGACCUCACCUCAUUCAUGUAUUCUAGAUGAACAGGUGUUUGUGAACCAACCCAGAAUUACACCUUUCUUUAGUCUGGGAUGCAUUUUUUCUCUCAAUAAUAUGGGCUGCUAAGUGCUCAUAGAGCUUAUUUGUGCUGAGGUUUUGGCGUUUGGAUGUUUAUAGGCUUUUGCCGUAACAACUACCCCAAUCUGAAGCCUCUGCAAACUGAUAUUUCCAGACUCAGUUGGGUGUUUGCAUUUGCCUGUCUGGAAUAUGCUCCACUUGCAUUCCCACUCAAGCUGUCAAUAUAGGUUUCAUUCCUGGUUCUUUUGCACACUUCUGUCAUUCUCUUUCUCAGAUACAGGAAAGUGUAUUAACUUUCUCCAUGUGGUUAAUCAUUUAUGAUUUAUUGCACUGGUUCUGUGCCGCAAAACAUAGUAUGGUAGCCUUUAAGAUGGGAGUUGGGGAGUCAAUGGGCAUGCCAGUUUGAAUUCAGUCAACAUAGAUUUUUGAGCUCAUGCACACUUAACUUUGCCCUGUGCUCUCUAUGCGCAGGUCUGGGCUUUCCAGGUCUGAGCAUUGUUUCCUUCCCUUUUCCCCCGUCCCAGCACUUUCCCUGGGAUUUCCCUGUUUUACCGCUGAAUCAGAGCAAAUGCAAAUCCGCAGGAAACCCGAUUCCCAUUUGCUUUGAUUCAGCAGUAAAACACAGGUUUUCCUGGGGAAAGCGCCAGGACGAAAAGAAACCCCAACAGCAAUCCACUCCAACACAAACCUGGAAAUCUUAGACCUGUGCCUAGAAACACUAUACAAAAGGAAAUGUGGAUGAGGCCUUUUCGUUUGGCAGUUUGAAUUUCUGAAGUUAAAGAAACUAAUUUACUUUGAAACAUCUUAUAUCCGUGUCUCUCCUCCUUCCUCAGUUUAAUUCAGCUAACUGACUUUUUUAAAAAAUAAACAUUUAGGGAUAUGUAGAGAUUGGUGUGCACCAUAGCUUGAUUUAGUACUUCUGAAAAGUGUUACGAAAUGUGUUUUUGAAAAUAUGCAAGAUGGCUUGUUAUUAUUUAUUAAAUUUGUGUACUGCUCUUCAUCCGAAGAUCACAGGGCAGUUCCUGGUGCACUUAUAAUAAGCUCUGUAACUUGGUUUUUUUUAAUCAUACACCUUAAAUGUUAAUUGUUGCAUAAUGUCACACCAUUCUAUUGGCCUGCAACUCAUGUAACUUGUGUUCAAGGUGCUCAGGAUUGCACUAAAUUCAGGUUUUUGUAAUAAUUAGUUUUUAAACAUAUUUGGCCUAGAGGAGCUCUAGCGCAAGCAUAGGCAAACUCGGCCCUCCAGAUGUUUUGGGACUACAACUCCCAUGAUCCCUAGCUAACAGGACCAGUGGUCAGGGAUGAUGGGAAUUGUAGUCUCAAAACAUCUGGAGGGCCAAAUUUGCCUAUGCCUGAUCUAGCUUGAUAGAGUUCUUUAUCAUAACCGUUUAAAUUAACACAGAAUUAGAGAAGAAAUUGUUUGUUUUUGGCAAUUCUAUCUCAGAUUAUCAUGUUAGUUGUAUCUAGCAGUCAUGGGUUUACAGUAUUUAGCUUUCAGCACAGAAUGCAACAUGGAAUUUAUUUAUUCAUCAAAAGAUACAUGCAUAGAUAUAUGCUCUGGGGGUAAAAAAGCCAACUGCUAAGGAAAACAAGGGGAAGUUUGAUGGGACUUCUGUUCAGCACUGAAUAGUAAUUCAUUUGGCUUCAUCAAAACCAAGGUUUGUGAUAUGGAUAAAGCGGCUUCUCUAGGCCAAACAAAUGAUCAAACAUACUUUAAAAAGUUGGCAACUUUUGACCCACCAAGCCAAAUGCAAUCCACUAGCCAUGCAUUUUUGGCCUGCCAGAUGUGUGUGACAAGCCCACUUUUUCUGUGUCCCUUGCUAACAGCAAAAAACAGAUUCACUGAACCACUGGUAGGACUCUGUAAAUCAUGCCUAGCUGGUGGACUGUUUGCCUUGGUGAGAUCGAAAGUUGAGCAAGCCUCGUUUAUAGCCAGCUUGUUUUCAAAUGCCAUCUGAGUUACAUAGGACCCAAGCUGUUUGGGGUCAAAGCCAGCACUUUGAAUUUGGCUGGGGGAUAAAUUGGAAAGCGGAGAAGAUGGUGCAAUCUAGGAGUUACAGGCUCCAUAUAAUGCACCCUAGUUAGUGAUCUGGUAGCUCCCAUGAGCUGAGCACACUUAAAAGGCAGAGCCAUGUAGAGUGGAUUGCUGUGAUCCAGUGGAUAACUGUCCCAUGUGUGAUAGUGACAAGGCCUGACUUUUCCAGAAAAUGCUGCCACUAAGGCACUACCCUAAUCUAGGGAAAAGUACUCACAUUCAUAGCCACUAUGACCAGGGCAUCCAGGGGCAGUGUUGGGUCCAGGGACACUCCUAAAACGUGACCCUGAUGAGACUUUUCUGAUUUUUUUGUUGAGUAAAAAAAGAGCAUCAGUGGUGAAUUGUUUGCUUUUUUAAAGAAACACACACACACAAACACACACAAAUUAAACACUUGCACAAUAAAAAAAAAUCUGCAUGAUAAAUGUAGUCUAUGUAAUUUUGAACAUCAGUGUCAUUAAAAAAAAUCUCUGGAUGGCAGUUCACUUUUAAGUGUUCUAUAGUUAAGGAGAAAACAAAAAAACAAAAACAAAGUGGGAUUAUAAUAUUCUGUAAUUUGUGACCUUGUUUAGCUGGGGGGAAAGUUAUUGCUUUCAUGAAAAAUGUAAAAGAAAUAACUUGACCAAUGUUUGAAUGUGUCACUCUGCUUGCUGUUAAAAGAAUAUUUAUUAACCCCCACACAGAAUAUUGCUAAAUAUUAUCUUUUUCGUACUUAUUAAAAUAAUUUAAAUAGACUGUAUUUGUUUUGUUUUGGCUCUGACGGCAUACCUCUCCACAUUUCUGUGUGUUCUGUAAAACGGGAAGAAUGGAAGCACUAUAAUGAAAGGUAUUCACAUAAAAGAAAAAAAAUCCUGUGUUCUGUUGUACUAUUUUGUGUGGCAGGGGUAUUAUGGACACCGCCUCCUGCGUCGAGUGGGAGGCGGAUAAAUAACACCCAGGACAUGGGGGUGGGUGAAAACAAGCCAGCACUUUUGCACUUUGGAAAGCAGGGUUGCCAUGGCAUUGGGUCAGGUUUUGUUAGCCCCUAAGACUUCUGAUCUAAAGCCCAAUACACCACAGGUGGUGCUGUGGUCUAAACCACUGAGCCUAGGGCUUGUCGAUCAGAAGGUCGGCGGUUCAAAUCCCCAUGACGGGGUGAGCUCCCGUUGCUCGGUCCCAGCUCCUGCCAACCUAGCAGUUCGAAAACAUGCCUGUGCAAGUAGAUAAAUAGGUACCGCUCCGGCAGGAAGGUAAACGGCGUUUCCGUGCGCUGCUCUGGUUUCGGUGUUCCAUUGCACCAGAAGUGGCUUAGUCAUGCUGGCCACAUGACCUGGAAAAACUGUCUGCAGACAAAUGCCGGCUCCCUCGGCCAGUAAAGCGAGGUGAGCGCCACAACCCCCGAGUCGUCUGCGACUGGACUUAACUGUCAAGUGUCCUUUACCUUUUAAGACUUCUGAUCUAAAGCCCAAUACACCAUCCCAGCUUGCCUUCUGGAGAAUGCAGUGGCAGUUCACCAACACAGAAGGACCUCUGUGCCACAUGACUGGAAUGCAGCUGGUAACCUGAGAUGAGUGAUGCCAGGCCAAUCCCAUCCAAACUUGGGCCAGGAGCUGGUAUUCCUUCUCAAUACCCCCCUCACAAGGCACCCCAUAUUGUUUCUCCACCCAAUGCCAUUUCCACCAAAAUUUUGGCAGAUGGCCAUAAGUAGAACAUCUUGCAAUCAUGUGUUACCCACCAAGAGACAGGAAAAAACCUCUCAACCAUUGCAAUUUUCUUUCUUUCUUUCUUUCUUUCUUUCUUUCUUUCUUUCUUUCUUUCUUUCUUUUUGUUAAAUGCUUUUUAUUAACUUAUUAUUACAGCACAUACACACACGACACUUAGAAAACAAACUACAAAAGAAAACACAAAAUAAAUUAUAAAUAUAUAUCCAUAAAUCCGCAAGUAUCUGCACACCGACUUAUGUUAUCCAAUCGUUAGUUAUUAUUCUAUUUUAAUAGACUUCCUUCCUCCUCAACGCGGGUCUGAUUUUAAACUUGAUAAACUAUUUCUUUCUCAUUUUGUCUUUUCUACCCUUCUCCAUAUGUUGUAUUUGUAAACCGUGUUUUGUUUUGCAAAAAUUAUUCGAAGCAAGACCAGGUUUUAAUUUGAGGGCACUGGGUUUUUUGUUUUUUUUAAAUAAUCUGUACUUUCCCCACUCUUUUUAAAUUUUUGUUUAGACUAUUGCCUAAUUGCAUCCGUCAUUUUUGCCAAUUCAAGGUAAUAAAAAAAUCUCUUUUGCCACUCUUUUUUUGUUGGUACUGUUUCACUUUUCCAGUUUUUUGCAAUUAGUAUUCUUGCUGCAGAUGCUGCAUAAAGGAAUAUUCUCUUAUUUUCAUUUGCAAUGUCUGAAUCUAUUAUGCUCAAUAGAAAUGCUUCUUUUUUUACAAAAAAAAUAAUAAAAAUUCAACUCCUCAUAUACUAAACCAUUGCAACUUUCAGUUUCCUGGAUGGGAAAUUUUCAAGCCUCGGUACCCAUCUCAAAAAGGGGAGGAAUUUGCUUCAUGAUAGGAUAGAGUGGUAUCUGAUUAAUAAGGCAGACCUGCCCAUAAGUACAUUUCUUGGGCUUCUUAAUGGAGGAUAAAUAUUAAGACCUCAACCUUGGUAACCAACAGGCUGCAUUCAAUUAUUUAACAAAUGUGCUAUCAGACAAUGAAAGUGAUGGUUUUUUCAAGUCUUGUACUGUAAUAAUAAUAACAACAAUACCAAUUUUAUUAUUUGUACCUGUCCAUCUGACUUGGUUGCCCCAGCCCCUCUGAGUGGCUUCCAGCAUAUACAAAAACUUAAUAAAACAUUCAACAUUCAAAACUUCCCUAUUGAAAAUAUUAUGUUUUGCUUCAGGCUCCAUUAAUUGCCAUCCAAGCAGGCAAUUAGCAAGCUAUUUAAGCCUGGAUUCAAAACAAUCUUUAAUUAAUAGUAAUGUGCUAAUACUUGUGCAAAUAAACAAAUCCUACAGUCUUGAAUUCUCAAAAUAAAUAUAUGCCAGCACCUCUCCACUCAAACUAAUGAUUCACUAGGUUAAGACUACUGUAUAGGACAAUGGUCAGGACAAUAUAUCUCAGGACCUUUUGGCUGUAUGGAGAUCUUGAGCGCAGUGCUUUUUGUUUGGUACAAUGUUUGGAAUCUUAGUAACCCCUAGAAUGCAACUAGUCCAUGAAUGUAACUAGUCCAUGGCAUAUUCCUUGCUCAACAGAGAAUGUUGAAUCCUAUCUUUCUAGGGCAGCUUCCCCCAACCUUGUGCCCUUCAGAUGCUUUGGGCUACAAAUCUAAUCAGUCCCAUCCAGCAUCGCUUAGACAGCAACACUAUUCCGCAAUGUUGCAGGAGGAGAGUCUUGUGAGUUGUUAUUUUUCCCACUACUACUUUUAGAAAAAUUAUAAUUGUGCCAUGUUUCAUCUACCUUGCUUGCAUGGAUGGUGGCUGGAGGAUUUGGGAGUGUGUAAUGAUAUAUCAUAGGGACGCGGGUGGCGCUGUGGUCUAAACCACUGAGCCUCUUGGGCUUGCCAAUCAGAAAAUCGGCACUUCGAAUCCCCGUGACGGGGUGAGCUCCCGUUGCUCGGUCCUAGCUCCUGCCAACCUAGCAGUUUGAAAGCAUCCAAGUGCAAGUAGAUAAAUAGAUACCACUCCGGUGGGAAGGUAAAAGGCAUUUCUGUGCACUGCUCUGGUUCACCAGAAAUGGCUUAGUCAUGCUGGAAACAUGACCCAGAAAAACUGUCUGUGGACAAAUGCCAGCUCCCUCGGCCUGUAAAGCGAGAUGAGCGCCGCAACCCCAGAGUCGUCUGUGACUGGACCUAACUGUCAGGGGUCCUUUACCUUUACCUUUUAAUGAUAUAUAAUAAUACUUAAGAUAUGGAGAAGUAUAUAACUGAUGCACACACAUUCCAGCACAUUUAAUUGGGCUGGGAGUAUGUCUUACUGAACUCAGUGGGGCUUAUUUCUCAGCAGAGUGCCUAGGAUUGCACUGCCAUUAUGCAAGCUGUUGGACUUCCAAAUAGUGUGUCUUACCUAUGGUUAUAUUAGCUGCAAAACCCUUUUAAAAAAUAUGACACUUGUUUUUCUGAAAUUUAAACUCUGCUUUUAAUAAAAUGGCUAAUAUUUUUAAAGCCUACAGCUUCAACCAAUGGGUUUUAAAAAUACAGUUUUUUACAUGGUAUUCAAGGCUCAGUAAUGAUUCUAUAACUUUCAGCCGAAAGGAGAGUCAGAAAAGGUAGCAAUGAUGCUCCAGAAAAAUAAUGUUGAAAAUUCCUGGCUUUCCUAAGAAGCAAAUCAUUGAGAUAUGUGGGAAGGGAGCAUGAAGGUUGCACUAUGAUGUGUACCGAGGGAAGGAAGGGGAAGGAGACUUCAGUUGUGUUUAAAUGCCAUCGUUUUAUUAAAAUACUCUGCAAAGACCCUGAAAUGCCACAACCAAUGUAUAGCAUUCUUCUCUCUGUUUGUAAGCUAGCUACCCACAAGUCAAAAACUGAAGUAUCAAGGAGAAAAGAUGCACAGCUGGGUCUCUCACUGCUGGAGGGCUAAAGUACACACCUGCCUAGCGAAAGAAAGAAAGAAAGAAAGAAAGAAAGAAAGAAAGAAAGAGAAAUUUGUUUCUACAACCUGUCAAACACAGACUAACUGCCAUGUAUAUAAAGUAAAGGUAAAGGGACCCCUGACCAUUAGGUCCAGUCGUGACCGACUCUGGGGUUGCAGCGCUCAUCUUGCUUUAUUGGCCGAGGGAGCCGGCGUACAGCUUCCGGGUCAUGUGGCCAGCAUGACUAAGCCGCUUCUGGCGAACCAGAGCAGCACAUGGAAACGCCG